UUUCUAAUUUGCAUUGUAGAGAAUGAGGGUUUGUAUGAUCCUGACCUUUAUGAAGGAGACAUGAUUCUGAGGCCUGAUCAACGUGUGGCGGCAGAAAUGGGACUGGACGUAGACAAUCCAAUGGGAAGAGGCUCGACUAAAGGCAGACAGUGGCCUGGAGGGGUCAUGGCUUACGUCAUCGACUCAAGUCUAUGUACGAUUCAAUUCUUUUUCUUUAAAUAAAUAUUAAUUUAGCAUAGCAAAUGUGGAAGCAAAUGUACCUUGUAGAUUGCUAUUCCAUUUUUGCGUUUAUUCAUAAUUGUUCUAAAGCAGAAAAUUUCCACCAAAGUGUUUACAACGAGGGGGCUGAUUAAUGGACUUCAGCUUCUUGAUAUUGUAAGUCUUGAGAGUGCCGUUAUCAUAAACAGUCUUAGUAAGAUAGAUUAGUAAUUAAAAAGUUCAUUUUUGGAUGUGGGUUGAAUCUAGAAUGUAAGGGCUUUACCCCGGAAAAAGAAAACUGUCGUACUCCAUAGUAAAGAGGUAUUCCUGUUAAGCGGGUGUUUGGAAAGCAGAGUAAGACUGUUCAAUGGACAAGACUUGCCCCCUUUUACUGCAGUUGAAUUAGUCAUGGUUGCUUUUUAUAUUUUCCAUUCAGCUCGAGAUUCCCGUGCCAUGAGUGCCAUCCGAGCGGGAAUGGAGGAAUGGACAAGGAAAACUUGCAUCCGCUUCAGGGAAAGAACAAACGAGAGGGCUUACGCUAAUUUUAAGCUUGGCUCAGGGUAAACAUCUUGUAUUUCACCAGUAAAUAAUUUACAAUUAGUCUUUGAAAUAGAGAUAAAUAUUUCUUAAGCCAUGGUAAUUCUAAAACAUGUUAAUUCUCAAGUUUACAACUGCGUAAGGGUUUAAAUGGAACCGUUAAAAGUUUGAAUUGUUCCCUUAACUGAAAAUAAAAGUAGAGCUCUGUUAUUUUCUGUUAACUUGACAAGUUAGUGAAAAAGGUUUCUUGUGUCGCUCUUCGCAUAAAGUGCUGACACUGCGGGAUCGGUAGCCCGAGGUAAGGCGUCGUUUUCCUGUAGCAUUCUUUGUAUUAUUAACUUGAAACUUAUAAUUUCCCCAAACAUUUGCUUUUAUUUUCGUUUGUUAUAAAUAAACUUCGAUAUCUGGGCAAAAGUUUUCUUGUUAGGAAACGCUAAGUUCACAAAACGGCCUCUUUUACUCGAAUGAAAAGUAGUUGUAAACAUUCCAUUGAGCAAAAAAAAAAAUCAUCUAAUAAACGUUAAAGGGAAAACGCUGUUUUGAAUCCUUGGAAGUCUUUUCUUGCCUUAAAAACAUCAACCCUAGGAUUCUGAGGACUUUCGAAAGAUCGUUCUCUGCAAAAAUUGGAAAAACACCGAGCUCAUUAUCCACUCGCUAGGAGGUGAACCGUUGUUGAAUAGCCCGAGAUAGCGAACCAAUCAGAUUGCUUUAAACACCAAGUUCACUGGUGAAUAAUUGUUUUAGUAUAUACACACGAAGUGAUCUCAACAGAAUCAGAAAGAAAACCAUUAAAAAAACAAUUAGUUUGAUUGACGGGUGAAUUCAUGCGCAAACAUGUAGCCGUAAACAGUAGAUGUACAAAAGCUAGAUCUUUACAGUAUUUUCAAACAUGGCAAAUAAUAGUUUUAAUUUUGUUCUAAGAUUUACAGUGUUCUCCCUAAAUUUUAGCUCAGCAGGUAAAAGACCAUUCAUAGCUAGUAAGGGAGAAAAAUAAGGCCCAGAGGUGCAAUUUCCUGAGGGGGAGGGGGUAGUGUAGUGAGGGACAUGGCCCCACCCUAAGAGUAGCUAAGUUCUUUAAAACGCCAUUCCCUCAUUUUAAGACCCAUUUUACGUAAAUCGGCCUUUGUUAUCCUUUAUAGACAACAAUUUAAAACGUUUAAUUUCAAUAAUUCUACUCUGUCUUCAACGAUCUCUUUUCAAAAUGCGAGGCCCAUAAAAAGAAAAGCUGUGUAUACUUUAGUACUUUUCCAUAUGAUGUAUUCAUUCUCUUCCUUGGUCGGAUCGAAUAGCAACUUGCGAAUUUUUUUUAAAACUACUUAAUAUUCAAUUUUAGUUAACCUUCAAGCGGUUGCAGGCGGUUAGAAGUGUUGCUUCAGGCGGUAAAUUUUACAGGUUGCCGCCUGAUAAGGAGAACACUGACUGCUUUAGCAUCAAUGAUUGAAAAGAAAACAUUGAAAGUUUAAAUAUCUCCCCUUUCUGAGAAGAAACACAGAGCUCAGUUAAUUUCCUUCUGCCGACUCACCGUGAAUGGGAAAGUUUUUUUUGUCGCUUCUUGCAAAUGCUGUCAACAGCGGCUUCGAUCGAGGUGAGCGUUGUUUAUAUGCAGCUAUUUCAUGUUAACUUGCUGGCACGUACAGCUUUCGAAAAUAUUUGCUUUCCUUGUUUUCUCCAUAAAUUAAUAGACAGAAUUGGUCUUGCAACGAAAUCCUGGGUUCACAAAACAGAGACAAAGCGGCCUCUUUUUCCUCUGUAGUGGUUAAAACAUUGCUUCGAGCGUAUGAAAGUCAUUACUACAGUAAAUCACUUCGCAAUAAACCACGCUGUUUAAACACCAACAAGUCUUUUCUUACCUUCAAAAUCAUCAACCCUGGGAUAUUAUUGCAUUUUCAAAACGUUCUUACUCUGAAACGUGGCAUGCAAAACACCCAGUUUACGACAGCAAUUUUGUUUUACUUCAUAUUCACCGCCUAGCGCGGUGAAUAUAACGCCAUAGCCUGAGAUAGCGAACCAUUUAGAGUGCUUGAAUCACCAAGAUCACUGCCUGUGUAUAAUAUACUAAAUGCUAAUACGAAAUAAUCAUUAAAAUAAUAUGCUUUAUGCGUGGUUGUAAUGGCUUUGCCUCAUUGUCAUGUAGCUGUUCAUCUUAUGUUGGACGAACUGGUAGCCGGCAAGAUAUCAGUCUCGCUAGUGGGUGCUGGUACCGCGGAAUUGUUGCUCAUGAAAUCGGUGAGUGAAGAAAAGCAGGGCAGACAUAGUCGAAAAAUGUAAACUGUUUAAAACAUGAGAUAUAAAGGCCAAGCUUUCUAAACUUCAUAAGACACCAAUGACUUCAAAACAACUACAGAAAAUCUAUUUAUUCUUAUAACAAUCCAGCCUUCGUUUUUUUUAAAAAUAUGUUGGACAUUGUUAAUCUCGUACCCAGAUCUGACUCUGUCUUACCUUGGCCGAGGGAGAUCUGAGUAAGAGAUUAGGGCUUUGCUUGUAGAAAGGAGUUGUUGAAUGCGUACUCAAAACGAAAAAAAUAAUAAUAAAAUAAAAUUCCAGCAGAAAAAUGCGACCGCUGUUCGCGUAUUCUGCGGAUGUGCCUUGAGGUAUGGAAUCAAUUUGGAUCGUUUUGUUUGCUUUCAGGGCACGCAUUAGGAUUCUAUCACGAACAGUCACGGCCUGACAGGGAUAAUUACGUCACUAUCAUGUGGAACAACAUCAUUGAAAGUAAGAUGGAACAAAAUAGUAUAUCAUAGUUUACAUAAUGUGAUUUUGUCGAGUGAAUUCCUUUUUAGAAAUAUAAUGUUUCAACUUCUUCCAAUCCGCAAUGUUAGUAGCUCUGUAUUGGUUUAAUAUUAUAAUAAAUAAUGCUGUAUACUUAUUAAACAAAUUUCAUAUAGAAAUAGAACAUUUUUAUGUUUUAAGUAUCGUUACAUCAACAGGGCAGGGUUUUUUUGCUUUUCUCGCGGCUUCAACGUAGUAUUUUGGAAAAUUUGCUGUAAUUAAAUCAAUUUUCAUGUUUAACAAGCCGAACUAGUAUAUUUCCCUUUUGAUUUUCUUGUCUUAGUCUAUUACCACAUUGUAUACUAUAUCUUAUUCUUUAAACUCAUUGAUAAACUUUAGGCACCAAGUUUAAUUUCAACAAGUAUAACCGUGGAACAAUAGACUCUUUGGGAACUGAAUAUGAUUAUGGGAGCGUGAUGCAUUAUGGGAGCAGAGCUUUCAGCAAAAAUGGAAGACCUACGAUCGUCGCCAAGAAGUCUGGGGUAUGUAAUCAUUCGAUCUUUUUGUUGUGAAUCAAAAUCAAUCAAUACACGUUCUACGGACUAAUUGACGAUGACUGAUAAAGAAUUAUUAAACACGCCUUAAUAUUUUAUUCAACUGAUAGCGUAGCUCUAUACCUAAGAAAAUGUGGUAGUCUACCCAUCCGAGAAAUUUUGGCAAUCACGUGACCGUAUGCCCGCCCGUCCGUCCGUCCGUCCGCACCACAGGCAAACCAAUUAUUUGAAACCCUUUCUAGCUAGUUUGGGAGCCCAGGUGCAACUUGAUAGUGCACAUCCAUGUCGUGAUUAAUUGACAGCCGUCAAAACAGGGUAUCUGCUGACCAUUAUCACCUAACCGUAUGGCGGGCUUAGGUAUGGACCCAUCGAGGUCGAGAUUUUUUUUGAAGUUUUCCAAUGACAAGUUACUAUAGUUUUUAAAUGAUCGCAGGCUCAAGUUCAGUUUUUAAAUGCAUAGGAAGCGAGUUGUGUUUAUGAGCCAUACGUCGAGCCGUAUAAUUAAAAUUUGAUUUCAAACUUAGCUCGGACUCGAAAAUUCAGCCAGCUAUUACAGACAAGGAAGGCAGUUGCUUUUGACUUUUCUCACCAUGGUCACAUGUCGGUCUCGCUGUAAGUCCAAAUUUUAUGCUUUGAUUGGUCAAAAUUUGACUGAUGAGUUCAUGAGGAAAAUUUAUGCAGCAUGUGAUAACUUGUUUACUGAUAGCUGAAGCUCUUAGAGUUUAGUGUCAUCUUGAGAUGUUUUUAGCUGCCCUUUUUCCACUGGAUCUGCAAAAUGAAUUACAGCUGCUAUCGAGAUUCUUUUGGCUUGUCAAAGUCAUCGGGAAUCCGAUUUCGGAUGGCAUCGUUUCGUUUUUCACCUUGCUUGAUGCGUAAGAGGGUUCAAAAGAUUUUGGCCGGAAAAAACUGGUCCAUUUGGAGAUAACGUUAUCAAAAAUCCGGCUAGAUAUAUAUAUGAUAAAGGGGAAAAAAUACAUGAAACGAAAAUAAUCAAAGUAAGAACAUACUUUUGGCUACUACUACUAUAGGUGCAAUUUUUUCUUUAAAGAAAUGUUUUUUUUGGCUUAUUUUGUCAGUGACUGGCGCUAAAUCAGUUUGAUGCGCAAAUUCCUUAUUCUUAAAGACAGCAAAGACAAUCUUAGAUUCUAGAUCCCAUAUUUACGUUUUGGAUGCCGGAUUCCUGGUAGUGGAUUCCGAAUUUCAAACGUAAAUGGGAUUCCAGAUUCCUAGAACUGAAUUCAGGAUUCCAAAUCUCGGGAUUCCCAAUUCCACAAGCAAAGAUUUGCUAGAAUUCCUGAAUCCACAUUACAUAACAUGUGCCAAGACCGCGCCGUUUAUGCAAAAAUCACCCUCAGGCUGAUUUUUGUAGUCCUAAACAGGGGAACAUGCAAAUUUUGUCCGACAGCUGUUGAUGACAGAACAGUUUAAAACACCAGUUUCACCAGUUUCCAUGAUAGUUUAUUACUUAAGAGUUAAUGCUUUCGGCUUUCUGAUGUUGUUUUGAUUUUUUUUAACAGGUUACCCUUGGUCAGCGGGAUGGUAUCAGUCCAAUAGACGCGCAGCAAAUGAACCUGCUCUACAAAUCACAGUGCAAUGGUGGUGGCGGAGGUAAGUGACAUUGUCUUUGUACAACUGUUUAUAGCAUGACACAGUUGUGACUGCUACUUAAGUUCUUGAAUGGCAGGAGUAUUUCACAAAACACAGCAGGGGCUUAUCUGUGUAGGAGGCUCGAGGUAAGCAUGCACAGUUUUCCAAAUCAACCCUAUCCCUGUUUCCCAAGUCGUUUCCUUGCAGGUAACAUGAUUAAAUUUUUGUUUUGCUGUGCUAGUAUGGUGAGGUAAUCACCUUAGUCUUGGACUUCAGUCAACAAGCUGUGGCUUUCGCGUGUGGCAUGGUUGGGGAAAACACUCUACUUUUCUUUAAAAAAAUUGCAAUUAAGUGACAAAGUUAAAGUUAAGUGCAGUUACAUUGUGUGAUUCUACCAACUUGUAUUUACCGUCUACUUUCUGUUCAAUUCCUUUACUUUUUAUUUCUACUUCGUUUUUUUUCGUGUCUUAACCUUAUGGGGAUUAUCCUAAGAGUAUUCCAGGGGAUAAACUUACGCCAGAACUGCAGAUGGACUUUUACUUUCUCUUAUCUGCUAUUAAAAUAGGAGGUAGCUGCGUAGACAAGGACAACAGGUGCUCACGCUGGACGACAUAUUGCAGCUAUCACAAAUACGUGAGAGCAAACUGCAAAAAGACCUGCGGACUGUGCUGAGCACACGAAAAAAGUGGCAAGUUAGUAUUCAUUUUAGACUACUUUCAUUAAAAUGUGAUCACGUGGCCUUAAAAAAUGGAUUGAGCGCAGAAUACGACUUUUUAAAUUUGCUUCUGUGAAGCCAUAAUGCUCCCAGAAAACCACAACUUUGCUACAUACAUCGAAUGCAUCAUUAUUCACCUGUAAUAAUCAUUUUUUUUUAUGGACAUUAAGGUUAUUUUUAUGUUGCGCCUCUACUUUAGCAUCGACCAAGAAGGGGCAAAAAUACCAAUUUGCAGCUCUAGGCAAGAAAAAUUCACAUGCCAAUUUUUCAUUUUGUUUACAUAUUGCAGUUAAGCAAUUAAAGAUAAAUCAGGUGCUUUUGGUUUCUAGAAAAUCCCUUUGACUUGGUAUAGUUUAAUAAAUUUGCCUAUUUCAUUUCUUGCAGAUCAUUUGCCUCUGGAAACUAUAGACCUGACUGGCUUUCAAAAAGAAGUCUUAUUUGACAAGUAGAAUGAAUAAAAAGAAGAGCAUUUAAAAUUUUUCUCGAGGUUUUUCUUUUUGCAUUUUUGUCCCCAAUUCGACACGUUAGAAACGAGAAGAGGACUGGAACGCGUCGGUCAGCUAUUGGCCAAAUCUCGUAACCAGAUCUCCCACGUGUAAAACAGAGUGAGAUCUGGGUACGAGAUUACUAUUGGCCAAGUUCUUCCCGUGUCCUCAGUAACACUCCCAGAAGUUAUUACCGAAGAACAAAAAAAGACUCGUCCCAGUUUCUUUCUGGUUUCUAAAGUGGCGAAUUAGUACUUUUGUGCUUGGAAAUACAUUAACACUUUAAAAAUAAAGUGCAUUAUUUUUUACAAUUUCUUUCGUAACCAAAAUGGCAGUAUAUUCUUCAUUAACAUAUGUUACUCUAAUACAGGAAGUGGCUGGACUGGUUCAGUAAAGUGGCCGAAACAUGCGCACAUUUGGGAGAAGGUUCUUUAAUCUGAUUUUGUUGUCAGAUUAAUGAGAGAGUUCCUCGUAAAAAUGCCACCAAUGUUUUGUCACUACCAAAAUUCCUUCCUAUAACAGCUGCCAAUUAAGCAAGGUGCAGUUAUUGAAACGGAGUUUUUAGCUUUGCACUUCGGCAAACUCAAGAAAAAAUUUAAAUGCGUCAAUAACAGGAAUCCUUGUAAACAAAGCAUAUAAUGAUAACAUGGAAAGUGCUGCUUAAAACCGUUUUCUCAACAUUAUUACAAAAAGGGUGGUCAUAAGCGACCGCCCUGUUCGCCACACCCCAAACAAGACUUAAAUACCAUUUUGGUCCAAAACCGAAAAAAUCCCUGACGACCAUUAAGUUUCUUUUAAGAAUAUUUUUCCCAACAAAGAAUCAACGAAAAAACUUCAAAUUUUAGAUGAAAAUUAAAAGCCAACCCUUUGGAAAAAUCCAAAUUUGGCGACUAUCUGAAAUAGAAAAUUUAAAGUAUAGAAAGGCUGGUUUUGUAACUAGAGGAUGACUCAAGGGAAUUUCUAGGCUUAUCUUCCCGAAAGAGUCAAAAGUCAAGAUUUCAAAUUUUAUGCAAAAAUCAUGGGCUAACCCCUUUGAAAAAAUUCGGAGUUGGCGAAGAUCUAAAAUCGACAUUUUUAUAGUCUAGAAAGGCUUGUUUUCUAUCCAAAACAUUUAUUUACCAUUUGUAAGCUUAUUGUUCGUCCCAAAAAGAUUAAAUAAAGAACAGACAAUGAAAGAAUUUCAAAUUUUUGACCUAAAUCAUGGGUUAACCUCUUUGAAAAUAUCCAAUAUUGUCGACUACCUAAAAUCGACAUUUUUAUAGUUUAGAAAGGUUUCUAUCCAUGCAGAAGCAUACAAUAUUACAAUGUUUGUCGACUAUCUAAAAUCAAUUUUUUUAUAGUCUAUUGUAACCCGCUAUAUCGGAAAAAUGAUAACAAUCAUCAAGUCUCAGAAAUAGCUAGAAAUCCCAAUAAUAGGAACUGAAUUUUCACUCGAAGUUAGCCUAGAAAAUUCGUAAGCUUAUCAAAUUUAUUAGAUAUACGACGAAUGUUCAUAUGGAGGGAAAGGCCAGUUUCAAGACAACUGCAUGCAUUUUAAAUUUAGGCGAAUUUGGUUUUCGGCUAACAUGUUGUUAAAGCUAUCUUCGGUAUUGUAUUCACAGCUAUAGUUUUCUAAAUAAACACGCACGUCUGGAUCACUGUCUUUACUCCCAAAGACUAAAAUUUUUAUAGGAUUCACAAAACAAAGGAUUAAACUUUAAUGAGCUCAUUUAUCAGGAUCAAAAUUAAUGGUACCGAGCCAUUCAUAAAUUCAAACAGAGUUAGCCGAAAUUGAUCAUCGUCUAAACUAUAAAAUGGCGAGGACGAUAGAAUAUUAACUCGCUGGUUUAUCACGAAUGACUAAGCGAUCGAGUACAAAAUAUUACAAGCAAUUUUACCCGACAACGCGACGUCCUCACUGAUCACGAAGUGAAAACCAACGGGCCUUUCUUUUCGGGCUUUUCUUUGAACUUGUUCUCGUUGCUUUCAGUCGCGAAGACAACACAUUUGCGUUGGCACUGCCUUUCUCCUUUCGUCGCUUCACACGAUGAACUCUCUCAAUGUCUAUAUCCAGGCAAAGCUUGGCCUCGAUGAUGACGUCUUUUCGAUUCCACUUCAUCCCAAGUCUCCCUCUCACUCUAGGCAAUCCCUUUAACAUGAAGAUUGUUUUCGACUGAUUUUCUAGGUACUCCGAUUUAAGCUCUCGUUGAGCCAGAACUGAAUUUAAGAUCAUUCCUCUGUUUUGCAAUGCACAAUUCUACUCCGCAUCAUUUUUCCAAGAUGGCGGCCUUCCCCACUGAAUUGACGGAAUGGGCUAUUUUUGGCGUUUUUAACAGUUUAAAUGAUUGAGAAAUAUGCUGUACGUAAGGAAAACUUUUAAAAAAGGCGAUAAAUCAGGAAGGUAUGAAAAUGCAGGUAAAAGUUGCUGAAAGUAUUCCGAAGACGUGUUAGUCAUGAGGAACGAUAAUAGACCUUGUCACGGUUUUCGACGCCAUCUUGACGAGUAGGCAAACGCGUGAGAAAUUACAGUGUUUGUAUGAGAAUCCAAUGUCGAAUAAUUUCUGUAAAACGGCUGUUCUGAAAAAAAUAUGAAUUUUAAACUAAAGCUACGCAGCAAAGGAUGUUACUAACAAAUUUUUGGGGCUGUUACGGUGCUUAAAUUUCUCCAGAAGCUUGCUUUAGAUUGUCCAUAUAUUUGUCUGCAAUUUUUCCCGGGAAAUUUUUACAGACAAAUGUAUAGAAAAUAUUUAAAAAAGGUUCUAGGUCUUCUAAUGCAUGUAACGCCCUCAAAUUUUGUCAGUAGAAUCCUUAAGAGUGAAGCAUUAAUUUACAAUUCACAGUUUUUUCAAAGCAGCCGUUUUACGGAAAUUAUUCGUCAUUUAAAUAGAUUCUCAUAUAAACACUGUAAUUUCUCACGCGUUUGCCUACUCGUCAAGAUGGCGUCGAAAACCGUGACAAGGUCUAUUCGUCGAACACUUGCAGGUCGCUGUGUCUUUGUAAAACAAGAAAAGUGGAUUUCCGCUUCAGUUGUCGACGUUUUUCAAGUAAACAAAUCUCAGCUUGGAAAAUUCUUUCAUCUAUUUUGUCCAAACAGUGAAUGUGGUGAAACGAAGGCUUAUCAAGCCGAUAGUUCUCUUGGGAGACCUCUUUUUAAUUUUCUAUGUACUUAGAAGGUUGCAGUUCUGUUGCUGAUCGUUCAAAAUCACCUCAAGUUGAGUAUUUUAUAGGGCUCAAACGACCUCAAAGCAGGAUAACUGGACCUUAUUACUUUUGCCUAAAUAGACUCUAACGUCAAAUUGUAAAAGAGAAGGAAAAUUUAUCGCUAAGUAGAAUGUCAACAAACCGUGUAAAAUCACUAUUACAAGUCACUAAUAUAUUAUAAGAUGAUUUUUUAAAAAUCAUUGUACAUGUGUGGCCUUGUAUUUUUUCUAACAUAAUUAGACCAACCAACUUAUUUAUUUAACAAUGGAUGUAGAAAUUCUCACAGGGGGUUUACGAGAUUGAUUUUACUUUUAUCGUUGUAAUCAACUUUCAAAUAGUUCCUGUGGGAAAACAAAAAUUUGAUGUAAUUUGUGAGAGGCUCCUGAUUACCAAAACUGUUACCCUAAUUCAAAAUCAAGCGUGGCGACCUCACAUUUUUUUUUAAAAUUUAAAUCAAUCCUUUUGGCACCAAACUUCAUGUAAACAAAAAAUAAGCAAAUUGUCAAUGUUUGAAAUAUGUGAAAUAAUAGGGGAAAAUGUCAUCUGAAAAAAUAAUUUUUGCUUUGAGUUUUGUAACCAUGGCAACAACUUUAACGAAAAAGUACGCAACUAUGAUAAGUUUUUGUUUUAGCAUACAGAAAAUAGGUCCUCAAUAUCCAAGCGUACUUACUAUGUUGACUUUUUGUGUUCUGGACAGCUCUGAAUUUUUGUUAUUUUGCCUUUAAAAAUUGAGAAACUAUAGACUAAAGAUCGAUCAUAAAUAGGACAUUUGCACGAUGGCGUCAUUUUACUACUACGACCAGAAUCCUUUUUGUUUUUCCUUUCAUAUUUAAAUUUUGUAAUCCCUGAGUGUGGUUUGAAUAACAAAAGCCCUAAUUAGCACAAGAUAGCAAAACCCUGAAGGAUUCUGUUCGUAGUAGUAAAAUGAUGUCAUCGUGCAAAUGGCCUAUUGACUACAAAUACUCUCAUGAAGAGGGGGGUAUUUUCACCCAUCAUAUCUCAAUAGUAAGCAUGGGGACCCCCAUUUUUUAUUUCAUUUCUACGUUUCAUGUAAUUAACUUCUCGUACGGAAAGUGUGAUAAAAAUCUCAGUGUAGCUUCCAUUUCAGAGGAAUGACCUUAAAUGAUCGAUCUCGUCCUUAGCCUCCCCUAGCUCAGACGCAAGGAGCUUAAGUUCCUCAAUGUCUUGUAGGGAAAACUCCAAACUUGCUUUGAUGAAAGUAACCGGUUGAACCACGUCAUCCAUUCUCGCCGUGAGUGAAAUCACAACUGAUUCAAACAGCGAUCAUAAUAGUAUCGAUUCUCGUACUGUCAGCAUUUCUCGAACUGUUCGCUAAAGUAGACAAGCUCUUCUGUGUCCACGGAUGCUUGAGCUUCGUCGGUUUUGGAGAUCUUGUUCAGCGCCAUGAGCGGCCACGUGGUGUUUUGUUUGUUUAGGAGAACGUUUUUUCCCCAUAAUUACACAAAUUUCGAUAGCAAGUAGAGCUACACAUAGAUAAUAAAUAUUUCAACUCAAAAGACUUUGUUGACUUGAGGAGAUAACGAUUAUAAAGGUUUUUUAAUACAAGAUUUCAUAACUGUUUUUCGGGCUACAGAGCUGCAAGUGCCUUUGGAAGUGAUUUUAAAAUUUUGAAAACCGAUUAAUUUUGAGUCCUCCGUGUUGCAUCUUCUUUGCGUAUGAGCGUGUGCUAGCAGAAGGCGUCUCUUUAUUUUACCUGUUACUGACGAAAGAUUUUCGAAUUUCUAAUGCCUGUAAAAUCCCCGAAAAAAAGCAUUGGAGAGCUAAAGAGGCAGCUCGGGGAAGCAAAGAUAGAUUUGAAGAAACUGGAGAAACGGAGUUUCAGAGCAAGAACGUAGUGUGAGAAAUGUCAGUGAUAGCUUCGCGGUGAAAAAAAAGGGGGCAUCUCUUACAAACAUCGAAGAACGGCUGCUUAAACUAGAAUCUACAAUUGAUGAGCUUCAGAGUCUUACGCUGCAUUGACACUUUUCCGUCCCAUUCGAGCAUACGGAAAUACAAAUUCCAUCGAAACACAAUACCAUGUAAAUAAACUUCUGUGAAAACACUUCUGUACGCACGUCUGUACGCCGGCAUUAGCACCCACGCGCACGUUUUUCAUUGUCAAUAAGCUAAACAAACUAAUGCACAGGGAAACACGUCCGUACGCAUCAGCACCCACGCGCAAGGUUUUCUAUGUCAAUAAGCGAAAUUUAAUGUCAAUAAGCUAAACAAAUUAAUGCAGCUUUCCUUGAAUAUUUACCCAGAAUGACUUAAAAAAAAAAAAACUGUAAAAUAGUGAAUAAGGUCAGGGGAAGGGGAGUUCAGGGUGGGGACGCCCAUAUUUUUUGGUCGUUGCCACCCAAUAAACAAUCGCAGUGAAAUAGCUCCGGCGUUCAAUUAAAUCUCUGGAGUUCAAUACUUUAAAUUUUAAUACUUUUUUUCCGAUUUAUAUAUACCCAUGGUUAUUUUGAGCAGGGGGACAGCGCGAGGGUCUUGGAGAAUAGGGGGCAGAAGGGGGAUACGAAAGAGGGAAGAGAAAAGAGCGGGAGGUGUGGGUUCUAAAAUGGUAGAAAGCGGUAGAAAUAGGGGGAAAUUAAAAGGUUUUAAGGGUGGAAGCCAAGAAAAAAGGGGUAGGAUCCAGGAGUGCAAGGUACAGGGGGCGGGAGGCUUGGACCCCUCUGUCCACCCACUAUUUAAGAGCUAUAUAUUUGAGUUACUCCUAUUCUCCAUCCUCUAAAUUUCCCCAAAACCCUAAGCCCCUAAGAUUCAUUAAGAUUUUGAGUAAAUCUACCGUAGUGAAGGGAAUUUAACCAAAUGUGGCUUUUCAUCUAGAGCAUAUGUUCAAAAAUAUACUUCACUUAUUUUUCUCAUGCUAAUGCAAUUUGUACCACAUUUAAACUUUAAACGCAAAAAUCAAACAGAUAAGUUUCGCAUCUGCACAGGUGAGAUGAAAGCCUUUCCGAUAAAUUUUCAAGUCUUUUAGCGAAUCAUUACCACAAGUUGCUUCAGCCUGGUGUGAAUAAGACUGAACGCUGAGUACCAUGAAGUGGUUGUACGUAGAGCCAUGUUCAGCGCCAUGAGCGGCCACGAGGUGUUUGGCUUGUUUAGGAGGACGUUUUUUCACCGUAAUUACACAAAUUUCGAUAACAAGUAGAGCUACACAUAAAUAAUAAAUAUUUUAACUCAAAAGACUUUGUUGACUUGAGGAGAUAACGAUUAUAACGGUUUUUUAAAACAAGAUUUCAUCUUCUUUGCGUGUGUGCGUGCGCUAGCAGAACGCGUCUCUUUAUUUUACCUGUUACUGACGAAAGAUUUUCGAAUUUCUAAUGCCUGUAAAAUCCCCGAAAAAAAGCAUUGGAGAGCUAAAGAGGCAGCUCGGGGAAGCAAAGAUAGAUUUGAAGAAACUGGAGUAACGGAGUCUCAGAGCAAUAACGUAGUGUGAGAAAUGUCAGUGAUAGCUUCGCGGUGAAAAAAAGGGGGCAUCUCUUACAAACAUCGAAGAACGGCUGCUUAAACUAGAAUAUACAAUUGAUGAGCUUCAGAGUCUUACGCUGCAUUGACACCUUUCCGUCCCAUUCGAGCAUACGGAAAUCUAAGAAAACUAAAAAUAAGCUUUUAUAUGAGAGCAAUAAAGACCUGUACAAAUUCCAUCGAAACACAAUUCUCACCCUUACUCGUCAUAGUAAGCCAGUAUUCCUACGUCUUUUUAUCCUUUCUCUAUCCUCUUAAUUAUGAUUAAUAUAUUUAUAGAAAUUAUUGUAUUUAAUCUGUAAUAUCAUAUUUAUUAUCCUGUAACUUUCUUUGUAUUAAUAUUGUAAUUUAAGUGUAAGCGAUACGUUUCCAUACUACUUGCCUCGAUUAGCUUCACUAUUUGCAGGCAGUCUGUACUUGUACUUUAUCGAUUUUACCAUGUAAAUAAACUUCUGUGAAAACACUUCUGUACGCACGUCUGUACGCAUUAGCACCAUCCUCGGAGACCCAGGGGCAGUCAGUCGGGUCGGGAAAAAGACGGGACGAAAGUUUUUAUUACGGGCGAAAGAGCCCUGGGUACCGACUCUCACCGAACUAUUUCCAAAAAUUCGAGCGGAUGCCGGCUCCUGAUUGGGCACAAAAAAAUGCUUUGUAUUAUUGUGCCCAAUCGGCGAACAGUUUCUCCUGAGUUCUUUUCGUGAGUUUGUACACGACGGCUAUUGUCUCGCCACAAUUGCCCGGUUCGUUCACCAAUGCAAGCUUGUGCGUACAAGGGAAACUUUUAUUUUCUACUUUCCUAACCAGAAACAAAGGAACUACCGAUGAGUUGAAUAAACGUUUGGGUUACUAUCAGCAAGAGCAAUUGAAUUUGCCCCGAGAAUAUUCUGUUUUGAAGGAUCACAUUUAAGAGGCAGCGGCGAUGAGAAAUUCAAAUGAGUAACAGCUUGACAAGGCACAACAACAACUUUGCACGUGCAUCACGCUUUUUUGUACAUUUCUUUGCUGUCAACUGCACGACUACUCGUGAAAAUGCCAAAUUUCACGUUUUGUGAAGGACGUAAACAAGCAAUAACAAAAUUCAUUCUCUCUUCAUGGACUUUGAUAUGGUUCAGAAGAGUUCGCUUGCAUUUGUCAAAGUAAACGAGUUGGAUCAGAUGGGGAUUUUAUAUCAAACUGAAAGUUUCCGGACUGCGUGCAUUUAUCGAGACAAUAGCCGUCAUGUAAGAACACACGAAGAGAACUUAUUGAGAUGUGUUCGCCGAUUGGGCACAAUAAUACAAAGCAUUUUUUGUGCCCAAUCAGGAGCCGGCAUCCGCUUGAAUUUUUGGAAAUGGUCCGUUGAGAGUCGGUACCCAGGGGCUCUUUCGCCCGUAAUAAAAACUUUCGUUCCGCCUUUUCUCCCGACCCGACUGACUGCCCCUGGGUCUCCGAGGAUGCAUUAGCACCCACGCGCACGUUUUUCAAUGUCAAUAAGCUAAACAAACUAAUGCACAGGGAAACACGUCCGUACGCAUCAGCACCCACGCGCAAGGUUUUCUAUGUCAAUAAGCGAAAUUUAAUGUCAAUAGGCUAAACAAACUAAUGCAGCUUUCCUUGAAUAUUUACCCAGAAUGACUUAAAAAAAAAAAAAAACUGUAAAAUAGUGAAUAAGGUCAGGGGAAGGGGAGUUCAGGGUGGGGACGCCCAUAUUUUUUGGUCGUUGUCACCCAAUAAACAAUCGCAGCGAAAUAGCUCCGGCGCUCAAUUAAAUCUCUGGAGUUCAAUACUUUAAAUUUUAAUACUUUUUUCCUGUUUAUAUAUACCCAUGGUUAUUUUGAGCAGGGGGACAGCGCGAGGGUCUUGGAGAAUAGGGAGCAGAAGGGGGAUACGAAAGAGAGAAGAGGAAAGAGCGGGAGGUGUGGGUUCUAAAAUGGUAGAAAGCGGUAGAAAUAGGGGGAAAUUAAAAGGUUUUAAGGGUGGAGGCCAAGAAAAAAAGGGGUAGGAGCCAGGAGUGCAAGGUACACGAGGUGGGAGGCUUGGACCCCCCUGUCCACCCACUAUUUAAGAGCUAUAUAUUUGAGUUACUCCUAUUCUCCAUCCUCUAAAUUUCCCCAAAACCCUAAGCCCUAAGAUUCAUUAAAAUUUUGAGUAAAUCUACCGUAGUGAAGGGAAUUUAACCAAAUGUGGCUUUUCAUCUAGAGCAUAUGUUCAAAAAUACACUUCACUUAUUUUUCUCAUGCUAAUGCAGUUUGUACCACAUGUAAACUUUAAACGCAAAAAUCAAACAGAUAAGUUUCACAUCUGCACAGGUGAGAUGAAAGCCUUUCCGAUAAAUUUUCAAGUCUUUUGGCGAAUCAUUACCACAAGUUGCUUCAGCCUGGUGUGAAUAAGACUGAACGCUGAGUACCAUGAAGUGGUUGUACGUAGCCUUUACAUUGUACGUGAAGUUUGCUGCGUCCGGAAAUCCAGAGGGUAAGUUACAAAUUUGUAUCACGUUUUUUAGUUCCCUACUUUCUAGUUUAAGAUUACGUUAAAAAUCUAGACAUCCAAAAAGAGCGCGAAGCGGCUAAAUCAUAACACCCCUCUGUAACAGACCCAGUGGAAUCGACAUUCACCGGUUUUUCGGAAGGAAAAAAACCCUAUUUCGGUUAAUUUUCUCGAAUUUUCCAGAGUACUUUUUCUCAGUAUCCGCUAUCGUCAGUUAUCUAAAUUUCCAUGACAGGAAGCAAUGCCUUAAUUCAGUUUCCUCCUUUUAUUUUACUUAAUCAUUCCCUGUGCCCAGCAAAAAAAAAACAAAAACAAAAACAAAACAAAACAACGAACAAACAAACAACAACUACAACAUCAAGUAAAACUUCAAAACAGUUUUGCAAUAAACAAAGGAAUCCUGUGUAUGACUCUCCUGAAACUUCAGCCCCUUCUGUCUUGUCUUUUAAUCUUUUUUUUCUUUUUUUUUUUUUUUAUCCAUGUUGACUUUUUGCUUGCGUCAAACAAACAAAAAAUAAGCCGGGUAGGUAAAAACACGCCCGACAGUGACCAGGGAAGCAAAGAAACAGCCGGGUAGAAACAAAAUAUUCGCCAUGUAGACUAACCUUUUACAGCAUGCCUAUGGACGAAACAUCCAGUACUGGGACGGGUGUAUAGAGGGGAAAUGUAUAGUAUAUCCAGCUAUUUCCAAAUCGUAAUUUCGCUUAUCUCCGGAAAUAAAUUGGGACCGGAAAGGUUCUGAUCGGUGACCUCAUGUUGGUCAGUUGAGCUGGUUUAUUCGUUCAGAAUUUUAUUGUUUUCAUUGUAGAGAAUGAGGGUGUGUAUGAUCCAGACCUGUUUGAAGGUGACAUGAUUCUGACGCCUGAUCAACGCAUGGCGGCAGAAUUGGGACUGGAUGUGGACAAUCCACUAGGAAGAGGCGCGACUAUAGGCAGACAGUGGCCUCGCGGCGACUUGGUCUACGUCAUCGACUCAAGUCUAUGUACGUUUGAAUUCGCAGUUUCUUUAAACAAAUAUGUCUUACGACACGAUGCCUUAUGACACGUGUGCGGUGUUAUAGGUCACACUGCUUUAAACAAAAGCCUAAGCGUGCCAAAUAUACGCAUAUCCGUGACAUUGUAACACAGAAAUCGUGACGUGUCAUGACACGCGUGCCCGUGAAUUCACCUUAUUCCCUGAAAUCCCGUGGAGGGCCAAAUAUUCCUAAUUUAGCAUAGCACCGCAAUUUUUCUGAAGGAAAUGUGCCGUGUAGAUUGCUAUUCCAUUUAUUUGUUUAUUCGUAAGUGUUUUGAAGCAGAAAAUUUCCACCAACAUCGGAUCGAUCUAGGAGGCUGGCCAAUGGUUGGCUAGCGCGGGACUUGAUUUUGUAACAGCUUCUGCCGCAGUUGAAUUGGUCAUGGUUGUUUUUUUUUUUAAUAUAUACUCCAUUCAGCUAAGGAGGUCAAAGCCGUGAAAGCCAUCAGGGAAGCAAUGACGGAAUGGUCAAGCAAAACUUGCAUACGCUUCAAGAAAAGAACAAACGAGACGGCUUACGUUAGAUUUAAGCUUGGCUCAGGGUAAAUACGUAUUAUACGUUGUAUCGCUUUCAGUAAUUUUACGUUGUAUUGCAUUCAGUAAUUUUACAGUCAUUGUAAUAAUAUUCUUGAUGUGCGGUUGUAAUGGCUUUUGCUUCAUCGUCAUGUAGCUGUUCAUCUCAUGUUGGAAGACUUGGCAGGCGCCAAGAUAUCAACCUCGCCCGAGGCUGCUGGACCCGCGGAAUUGUUGCUCAUGAAAUCGGUGAGUGUAGAAAAACAUGGACGACAUAGUCGAAAACUGUAAAUACUAUCUGUUUAGAACAUGAGGCAUAAAGGCACAGUUUUCUAAAUUUAUAAGACACAAAUGACUUUAAAACAUCUACAGAAAAUCUACUUUUAAGGGGUGCCUAACGACGGUUUCCUCGUAAAUGCUUUGAAAACACUUUUUAGGCUAUCCAGAGUACAUACUUUUAGAUCUCUAGGAGUGUAUUCUAAGUGGCGCUAAAAAAUUUAUAUCUGUUCGGUCAUCCCAGGGCAACUAUGUUGCAGCCGAUAAGAAUAAGAUUUACAGCUCUGUCCUACUUUGAAACAACAUUUACCUACGAGUAUUUACGUUUACCCACGUACCCACGCUAACGAAGCAGUCAUCGAUCGGCAAACAAAAUUUGUAAACAAACAUUUUAUUACUGAUCUCUCUGUUUGCCUUAUUAAGCCUAGAAAUGCCUGCAAAUGGCGCCUGAGCAGUCACAAAAACCCACAACGUAUGAGUAUAAAGAUUAUCCUAAAUUGAGCAUAAUUUUUAAUUGCUUAUUAGCAAAUGAAAAAAUUCAUUCGCGUUGCUUCGGGUCAGUGUUCCGCAAAACAAAUGUUAUCGAGUAGAAAAGAAACCAGAUUAUAAACAAAAUAUUUAGGCAAUAAUUUAUUUUAAAAACAUCAAUUCUUAAACAUAAUUAUACGAUCAUACUGCAAAGAUACAAGGAAAAGUUCAAGUGUACCAGAUCGGUGAAGAUCGCGUGGCCUGUUGCGUACUUUUCGGUAUAACUACAGGUCGGAGUCAAAAAUCAAAUCAGAGUUGAACAAACUCAUGCCUUUACCACUUUCCAAGUGUCGUGUAUUCUUUUCGUAAGCCACAUACUACUCGCAGAACCAUACCAGAUCGAUCGGCUAAGCUUCUGUACAUAUGUCCAAAGACUCUUAAGAACGUCAGUGUUGCCGGUAGCCCGCGACGUCGCUUCUGAGACUCCAUUCACAAAUUGAUUUUUCGUUUCCUAAACGCCUUUGUCAAUGGAAAGAACGACCGCAAUUAGCAUGAGCAAAGGAAAAGUCCGCUGACCAGCACUUCGCUUUUUUCAAGGCCCCAUUCUCUCUUGUUUUCUCCGUAUAAGAUCAUUUUAUUUUUACGCCAGUACUGAUUGAGAUCAAUCUGGCAAAUAUCGCGAAAGCUGUUGGUAUUCUCUGCCAUUUUUAUUACUUAGAAUCGAAAGCAAUGGCAGCCUCGUACAAUUCACAGUCUUUGCAUCAACGCAACGCGCGCGAGUAAUGCUUGAGAACCGUUUAAUAGCCCGAUCUCGAGAGUAAAUUUACUUUUAUUCACCUUGAUUGUACGCAAAGGCAAAGUUUCCGAAACAUUGAUCAUGCGAUCUUGGACAUGGGUAAAAAAAAAAAAGAGAAAAAAUACGUCACCUGAAACGUAACGGAAACGAGAAAGAACGGAAAUGUGAUAACAGAAAUGUGGCGGAAACAUUAUCGUUCGUUUCCGACGCGGAAACAUGACGGAAACUCGUCCCGUCCAUGGAAAACUAGAUCACCAUGUUUCUGCAGGGCGGCAACGUGACCGAUAUAAGCAAUUUCCCGUUUCCGUCGACUUAACAAAAUACGGAAACACGUUAUUUCGCCCUUAAUUAUUGUGCAUCGAGAUAAAUCGCUUGAACACAAAACAAUUUAAGUUCGCGUAAUCAGUGCUCAGCACUAUGACUCAGGCUUGACUUAAACAAGGUCACGAGCUAUUGUAUUUCAAGGUGCGUUUAGUUCAGUCUUUUACAGUGAGCUUUAUUUUACAAUGGACAGUUUAGAACACCAAUAAUAUGUGACAUGUAGGGAAGCGUUACUUUUGUAAACAAAGCUCAUUAAUGCUUUAAAAAAUCUUCGUUUACAAUUUUCAUUACAUUUACUUCCCCAAAGCCAUCCCAAGUAAAAUAUGAUAUAUAAGUAGCAGCCUUAUUCAUAAACACAACUGUGUCUUGUAACUCAAACCUAACAAAAACCGCAUUGUCAAAUCUGGUGUUGUUCCGGUACCGCUUAGCGACCAUUUUCUGGUAUUUUGCAUAAUUAAAGCUGGUAUUACAACAAAGGCUAAACCGAGAAUGCUCGAGUAUCGCUCCAAAAAGAAUUUUAAUCCGACUUUAUAUUCCCUGGCAUAUUGUUGAAAACGAGGACAACGUCGACGAUGCCUUGUUUACGUGGAAUAAAAUGUUUUCGGAGGUUGCUGAUCAACACGCACCAGUAAAAAGAAGGCGUGUCAAGGGAACACCUCUUCCCUGGAUGAACAGUCAGAUAAGUGAUUCUAUGAAAGAACGUGACUGGGCGCAUAGAAAGGCGCGAAAAUCGAACUCGGCGCGUCAUUGGUCAAUGUAUGCAAAGCUUAGGAACAAGGUUAAUGGCUUAGUACGAACUUCCAAGUCUAAAUAUUACUGUGACAUGAUCGAGGAAGCCAAGGGUGACUCAGAUAAGGUGUGGAAAGCAGUGAACGAAGCAUGCAAUCGGAACUCAUCUCCAGAGAGUAUUCAGUGUAUUAUCUCUGAUGGUGUUCAGCAUAUAACAUCCCAAUCCAUUGCUUCUUCAAUGAAUAGCUUCUUUGCUUCCGUUGGCCGAAUUCUAGCAAGUAGAAUACAGACUCCCGUCUUGAAUUUAAAAUCCAUUUCAAAACACCCGCUUUUCCAGUUCGAGUUGACUGAAUUGGAUCAAUCAUUUGUGCUUGAGCAGCUCUUGUCAUUGAAAGCAAACAAACCGAUUGGUCUUGACAAAAUUAGCGCGAGACUUCUUAAAAUCUCAGCUCACACAAUUGCACCAUCUGUUGUUAAACUUUUGAAUCUUUCAAUUCGCACUAGUCAAUUCCCCAAAUUGUGGAAUGCGCGAAAAUCACGGCAUUGUUUAAGUCAGGUGACAGGACCAACGUUUCCAACUACCGCUCCAUCUCAAUCCUCCCUACACUAAGCAAGAUUCUGGAAAGAGCGGUACACUUGCAGUUGUAUCAGUACUUGAUUACCAAUAAUUUAUUGUCCAACAAGCAGUUUGGUUUCCGGAAGGGUUUCUCAACUACAACAGCUUUGACCUCAUUGGCUGAUGAAGUGCUCUUAAACAUGGAAGAAGGAAAGCUUUGCGGGGCCGUGUUCAUCGAUCUAACCAAGGCAUUUGACACGGUAGACCAUCAAAUAAUGUUAUGCAAGCUAUACGAGAUCGGCCUUUCUGAAACAGCUCUUCAUUGGUUCCGUUCUUACUUAACUGGUAGACAACAGCGCACAUCAUGUGGAAAUGAGUUAUCUGAGGAACUUCCAGUCACGCAUGGGGUGCCACAGGGUAGCAUUCUAGGGCCUCUGUUGUUUGUGAUUUACAUAAAUAACUUGCCAAAUGUGCUUAACUCCUGCUACGCGUCACUUUAUGCAGACGACACUGUAAUUUAUUGCUAUGGUAAAUCCUCAAAGGAGUUGAGUGAUAAGUUAAAUAACGAUCUACUGGGUGUGGCGAAAUGGCUUCAUGAUCACAAACUGACUUUAAAUUUGGACAAAACUAAAUGCAUGCUUAUCGGUAGUAAUAGGAAACGCGAAAGCAAAGUAGAUUUGACUGUUUCAAUUUUAGAUCAUAGUAGAAGUAAUGUUCGCAGCUUUAAAUACCUCGGUAUACAUAUAUCUUCGGAUUUCACAUGGACUGAUCAUAUUGAACACCUAACUGGGAAAAUCAAUCAGAGGCUUGGGCUUCUCAAGCGUAUAAAACAUUUAUUGCCUUUCAGGGCGCGUCUACUUUUCUAUAAAAGUCUUGUUAUGCCCCUUUUUGAAUAUGCUGAUCUAGUAUGGGGCGAUAAACAUAAUAUUACCCUUAUGUCUAGUUUGCAAGUUUUGCAAAAUAAGGCCGCUAAAGUUAUUUUAAAUAGACCAUUGUCCUCAUCCUCCACUGAGGCAUUAGCCGUUCUCAAGUGGCUGCCUCUAGAUAAAAGGCGAUUUCAAAGAAGGUGUGUACACGUAUACAAAUGCAUCAAUGGCCUAAUUAAUCACGAUAUGGACUUGAUUAGACAAGACGUACUUCAUAGGCAUAAUACACGUAACAACGGCAAUUUUAGAUUACCACGUGUCAAAAGAAAUUGGGGGAAGCAAAGAACACAAUAUCAUGCCGUUUCCGAUUUUAACUCCCUCAGUCAGACGACCAAAGACUCAAGGAAUGUAAAUAGUUUUAAACGUAAUGUUUUUAAGUUUUUAAUAUAGCUACUUACGUUUAAUUUUCACUUAUACUUAUUUUUAAUUUUUUAUGCAUUUUUUGUAUCUUUUUAAUCCCUUUGCAAUUUUAUAGCUUUUUUUUGUUUUUAUAAUAUAUAUCUAGUUUUGAGGUCCUUUUUGAAAACCAUAUCUUUUAUGAAAAAGUUUCCUCAAUAAAAAGGAUUAUUAUUAUAUUAUAAAAAUUUAUUAUUGCUGGCCUUCUAUUCGGAUCCUAUUAUUUGAAAAGAAAAUCUGUAUUUCGGCUGCUCAGAAUAAUAAAUAUUUGUGUGACCAUGACAGGAAAAUUAAUUUUCCCUUUAAGAGACAUUUUAACAAAUUAACUCUUUCAAGGAAGUCAGAGGGAGGUGAAAUUUAACAAUCAUUCAUUUCUUCUUUUCUUCUACUUUCAUUGUUUCCAAAUAUGAAAAAUUGUUCGUUACAUAGCAUUCACAGAAGAUAAACAUGUUCGAUUGGCAUAAUAUUGCUUCAAGGAAAACGACAAGUACGUAGACAUAGAGUUUCCUAUAAGAUCAAACCAUUCUGCACUUUACAUUAAGAUAAAUCCGUGUAAUAAAUGGGUGGAGAGGAUGGCUGUGAUGGGGGUUUGGAGGCCAUUAUCAGGACAAAUUGUCAAUUUAUGUGGUCAGUGAAAGUGCACAUUUGACAGAGUCUGGGAAUUUCAAAACCUGUGGCUGUGGCAACUAUGUCUGUCCAAGCUUGUGCAUUUUGAGAAUUGAGAUACCGAUCACCUCUACAUGACUUGUAUGUGGACAUUUCAUACAAAUUCUCUCUUGCAUGUGUUUAUGUUUCUCAUGCAUACAAAUAACUAUGCACACUUGCAUAAACGAUGUGGUACUUUUUACAGAGAUUCAGUGCUGAUGAAUGCCUGCAUGUUAAAUAAUCAUAAGUCAUGAUCACUUUCAUAAUUCUCAUGAACUUCAUCCUUAAUGAGAUUGCUACAUGUAAUUCUAUUUCGGUGAUUAUGUUUGCACCUUACUGUUCCAAAAAAUAGCUGUUAGGUGUGAUUAUGUAUAAAACAAGUAUAAAAACUCUCAUUGCUGUUAGCUCACUAACAAUAAAAUGAUAUUUUUUGUCCAAUAACCAGCAUUUUCUUGUUGUUUUCACUGCAGCAUUACCUCCUACCAUUUCAUCCACUCAUUUUUUAUGCAGUACCAAAAACAGGUACAUCUGCAUCUGAGGGCUAAAGCCGAUACUACUAAUGACAUCCUUCACAUAUGCAAUGCAAUUUUGGCUGCCAUUCCUUAACAACAGCAACCCCAAUUAAAUCCCAGAUGGGCACUGGGUUCGAAUUAACUCCAACCAAAGGGAGAUUGAGAACAUCUUAGAUGCAAUAUCAGAGCAGGUGUUGAAAUGUCAGUCCCGCCCUACCAUCCCUGACAUUUUACGGGCCUCCUCCCCCGAACUUCGCAAGGUUCUGCGAUAGACGUAUUUCUACUAAUAAAAUAAAAAUUCCAGCGGACAAAUGCGACCGCUGUACGCGUAUGCUAUGCAUGUGCCUAAUGAUGUGGAAUCAAUUUCAGGGCACGCAUUAGGAUUCUAUCACGAACAGUCACGACCUGACAGGGAUGAAUACGUCACUAUCUUAUGGGACAACAUCAAAACAGGUAAGUUGGAACAAAAUAGCAUGUCAUAUAGUUUACAUUAUGUGAUUUAGUCGAGUGAAUUCCGUUAUAAAAAUAUAAUACUUCAACUUCUUCCAAAAAGGCAACGUUUGCAGCUCUGCAUCAGUUAUAAUUAAUGUGUAUUCUAAUUAAAGCAAUUGAAAUAGGAAUAGAGCACUUUUAUGUGAUCCUAGCAUUGGUACAUCAACAGUAGGGCAGGGCUUUUUCUUUUCCGUGGAUUCAACGUAUUAUUUAGGAAAUUUUGCUGUAAUUACAUCAAUUCUCAUGUUUAACAAGCCGACCUUUUCUUGUCCUAGUCUAUUACUAUGCUUUAUCUAAUUAUUUAAACUCAUUGAGGGUUGGUACGUCCCGAGGUUUCAAAUUAUUACCAAGCUUCCUUUCUAUCGAAGUGAUUUGAUUUUUUUGAGUUAUAUUAUGAGCUGUUACAUACUGUUGACUGAAUUAAUGAUACUUUAUGUUUUAAGUUAAUAGAUUAUUUUAUAUUUAAUCGAAGUAUAAUAACCUUUAGGUAAGAGUCAUAAUUUCAAAAAGUACAACCGUGGAACAAUAGACUCUUUGGGAAGUCCAUAUGACUAUGGAAGCCUGAUGCAUUAUGGGAGCAAAGCUUUCAGCAAAAAUGGAAAACCUACGAUCGUCGUCAAGCAGUCUGGGGUAUGUAAUCAUUCGAUUUUUUAGUUGUGGAAAAAAUUCCAGUCUAUUUUUUUCUACGGCGUAAUUGACGAUUACUGAUAAAGAAUUGUGAAACAUGCCUGGAAAACCUACGAUCGUCGCCAAGCCGAAUUCUCAGGUAUGAAGUCAUUCGAAAUUUUAGCUCUGGGACAAAAUCAGUCAAUUUUUUUACACAGCCUUCAGACUAACUAAGCAUCACUGAUUAAGAAUUAUUAAACGUGCUUUAUGUCAGUUUUAUUGCAUUCGAACUUUUAGUUCGAAUGAAUUUUUCUUAGUUAAAUUAACUCUUUCUAAGCUAAAUUAAGUACUUUUUAAAUCGACAGGAAUUGUAAAUAGUGUUUUGAAUGAAUAGUUUGUUCUUUUUUUCAAGCGAAUUAAUUGUAAAUAAGAAUUUAAUAGUUAGCAUUGUUGUCAAUAAAUUUUUUUCAUCAUUAACGAAUGCUAGGUCCAUUUUUUUUAAAUGAAAAUGGUGUUUUGCUUAUUUUUUCAGUGACUGACGCUAAAUCGAUUUGAUGCCCAAUUUCUUGUUCUCAAAGAGAGCAAAUUACAGCGAAAUUCGUUGUAUCGCGCUGCGCGUAUUGCAAAAUACGAAGGGAUUUUGGCUUUUUCUGUUCCGUCAAUCAUUUUACUGAAGGCGGGGUUAAAGCAAAUCACAAUGUAACACCUUCUCCCAGCUUGGCUGAGAAUGAAUCUUACUAGACUGUUCAAGAAUAGCGAAGGAAAUCGCGAUGGAGCGUGGAUUUUUGUCGAAGGAAGAAAGGAGACGUUGCUUUAUUAUUGCAUCAGUGACAAGAAUGAGAAAGAGCAGAAAAAUCUGCGAAGCAAUCUUAACUGGUCGAUUAUUGCCCCAAACAGGACGAUCACAAAGCAACGAACCUUGAAAGACGAAACAAACAAAACGGAUCGAAAUCCACCAAUCACGAAUCACAAUCCAUGACCUUUUGAACUAGUGCAAGUAAACAUGUGUUUCCUAAGAGGUCCGCUAAGAUGAUUGACGGAACAGAAAAUGCAAAAUUCCUUCGAAGUUUGCAAAACGCACAGCGCGAUAGAACGAAUUUCGCUAAAAAUGGGACCGCUCCCUUCAUACAUGUAAGAUAAUCCACGACAGUGUCGGAUUCUGGAUCCCACGCUGUGGAUUCCGGUUUCCAGCUACUGGAUUUCGGAUUCCUUGUCAAUGGAACUUGGAUAACGGAUUCCAAUCGUAGGCGGAGUUCCGGAUUCCAAGAGCUGAAAUCCGGAAUCCAAAGCCCAAGAUUUCCGAUUCCACAGGCCAAAAUUCUCCGAGUUCCAGAAGCCGGAUUACAUGACCGCUCCGUCUAUGCAAACAAUUGCCCUGAAAUAUGUAGUGCUUAACAGCCGAACACGCAAAUUUUGUCCGACAGUUGUUAAUUUUGGAACAGUUUAAAACGCCAGUUUCAUCAGUUUGUUGCCAUUAUACAGGAGUGUAUUGCGUAAAGGUUGCAAUCUGUUUUUUGAUGAUGUUUUGAAUUUUUUUAACAGGCUACCAUAGGUCAGCGGGAUCGUGUCAGUUCAAAAGACGCGCAGCAAAUGAACCUCCUCUACAAAUCACAGUGCGGUAAGAUAGAUCAAAUAAGAACUUUAUUUUAACACGAUAAGGACACCAACAUCACUGGUUAAGAAUAUUUGUAACGGAUAUGUAUGUUUUUAGUUGCAGCUAAAAUAGGUUCGAAAUUCAUGUUAUCAGGUGCCAAAUUCUGUAAGACAGCGUUUAAAUUCUUUCAAGGUUUUGCCGUUAUUCCCUAAUUGUUCGUUAAACUGUUCCAUGCGAUGGCUCCUCUAUAACAUAUGGAGUUUCUGAUAAAAUUCGUUUGUGGUCUUAGAAAAAUGAUGUCCUUGUUUCGUCUGCGGCUUAAAUUCCUCUGUAAAAACAAAUCUUUAAAUUCCUUGACUCUGUAACCUUGGUGGUGAUAGAGGCGGCGGUGACGGAAGUAAGUGGCAUUAGAGACCUUAAGAUCGAGGUUUGGUCAUUCAUUACUGUAAACGACAAAUUGCAGUUUGUGGUUAACGGAGAAAUUGUCUUCAAAAUUACGUUUUUUGAAUAGAAUUCGAUAGUUAAUAAGCAAAAGAGUUCCCAAAAGUCGUAUUUCUUCUCAAACGUGGGAAGAGGUUGUAAAAAGAUCUUUUGGUUAUCCGCUGAUUGAUCUGAAAACUACUACCCAUGAUAAUUGGCGACUGCGAACAAACAUCCUGCCCAGCGAAGAAGGUUUUAACCAAGCGUGGUUUCAAGAAAAUAUUCCUCAAGAGCUUCUAAAAUAUCGGAAGCAGCAAACUCUUUCACCUGUCCCGCUUGUUCCAGCUAGGCAAGAAAUACAGGGAAACAUGGAUGACGUGCUUUCUCGAAACGAUCUUCAAGCCGAUGAAAAAGCUAAGCGAUACUUUCAGUUGCAAAACAGAAACUUGGCUUUUACCGAAAAUUAAAUAGAAGAACACGACCGGAAGAAAUAAUCAGCAGUGUUCCAGACUUAACAUCAAGCACACAAGAUUCUUCGACAGCAACGACAGCAUGCAUUCUCCACUCCCCUCAACCCCUUCAACGUAACGCCUGAAUUAACAGAAGCAGUCAUCUCUCAAAAAGCUGAAAAACAAAGCUUCCUCCCACCACCACCCUUAAAUCCUACUUUCCUGACCCCUUCCCCCACAGUAGAAACCACACCACAACAAUGCCCGAAGCGCAAAAGGCGUCGGAUUCAGUUUUUUAAUUAUUUGGAUGAUCAUAAUGGUCAUGGCAAAACAGCUGAGGAAACGAAGUCGGCUUAAGAAAUUUCGAGUCAAAUCUUACUCGUACUCCAUGGGCGAAGAAGAUGAGGAUUAAUUCUUCAUUCCUUUCAAAUCGCGUUUUAUAUCUCGUGUCUGGUUUUAUGGCUAGCAAUUAUUAGACGCAUGUUUCAAUUGAUCCUUGUUAAGUUAUUAAUUGUUUUUAUAAUAAUACGUCAAGGUUCUCCCUUGGGUUUUUUUACUGUAGAGCUAAUUUGUAUUCAACGGUGAGCUUGUGACCUCGCAUAACUAACUGACUAACGGCGCCUGAAACUACAAGACUUAGGGAUAGGGUGAGGUUAGGGUUUAGGGUUAACGAAAGCCAUGGUGAUAAAAAGUGAACAGAAUUUUCCAAAACAGCGAACUCCAACAAAUUGUUUCCUAGCAAAGUGAUUGCAAGAAAGAGAGCGCUUUCAAAAACUGCCUGCUUUUAUUUUGAACACUUAACAGAUUCUACAUGAGCCAAUCAGGGUUAAAAGAGACCGCGCAAGUCUGGGCAAGCCUGUUGUGGCUAUUGUGUAACGGAGACGCUCAUUAACAAACCUAUACCGAAUUAGUAUGCAGGAAGGCUCCCCGAAGGCACUAAAUUAGUAUGCAAGAAGAACCUUGUACAUCUCAAUAAAGGGAAGGCACGCGGAAGGCAGGGGGAAGGCACCAAUGGGGCUUAAUUCUGACCCUUUACCACUACUCACAGUUUUCCAAAUCAACCCUAUCCCUCGGGGGAGAGCUACUUCCCAUACACUCUCUUAAAUGAAAUCCACACGAUGUUCUCACAACUUGCAAAGCGAUCAGCAAGGGUCUUGCCAGCGGAUUUGUGUACUGAUCAUGCGCCGCCAUUACGUCAAAAACCAUAGAUCAACGGUCUUGAGAAAAAACAAAAACAUGGCAGUCGAAGGCGGGACUGUUUCUCACUAUUAAAUUUUGGUAAUUCGCAAAUUUAUUGAUUUUUUGUCGCUUUUCAGACAUAGUGUGUGGUUUUCUUUGUCUGUUAAACAAUUUCCCUUUGCAGAGUUUAGCUGAAAAUCUUGGGAAAGUUAAAGUAGCUUCAAGGUACAGAGCUUUCAGUAGUACUUGUGAUUUGUUUUAGGAUCGUUUUGAAUUUAACUGUGGGUUCAAGGUUUUGACUGAUCGAAAUAAACGAAGUGAAAUGUUAUGAAGUGUUAAUUUUUAUUCAGUUAUGAUAUGUAGAGCAGUAAGCUCAUUUUUAUAAAGCUCUCUUGAAUAUACUUGCUUCCGAUAAAUUUGACACUUGCUCCAGUAAUUUUUAUCAGCAUCAAGUUAUCCUUGCCCGGCCAAGACGAUUUAACCUAUAAAUAAAUCCAUCGAGUGCGUUUUUGUUGGUUAGGAUCUAGCACGGUUGCGUUUUAGUUUCCCCCGCAUUUCAGUACCGAAAGACAAAUACGAUUUGCAAGAAAAACAAAGAUGCAUGAUACGAUUUUUUUCAAUUCUUUAAGCAUUUCUGAUUUCCCCUGUGGGUUCGCUUCUUGCUUCUAAAAAGUUUAAAAAUAUUUACUGUGGGAAAAAUACUGUAGUUAUCCGCAGACCACCACGCUGGGUGACCGCUUUGCAAGUUGUGAGAACAUCGUUUCUCGGUCCCAGACCUCGUCUCUUCCCCUUCCCCACUGCUAUCCCUCUUUCUCACGUCGUUUCCAUGCCGGUGACAUCAUUGAAUUUUUGUUUUCCUGUCAGUAUGGCGAUGUAAUCACCUUAGUCUUGGACUUCAGGCAACGCGUUGUGGCUUUUGCGUGUUGCAUGGUUGGGGAAAACACUGUAUUUUUCUUAAAAAAAAAAAAGCAAUUAAGUGACAGAAGUUAAAGUCAAGUGGAGUUACUUGAGUGAUUCUACCAACUUGUAUUUCCUGUUUUGCUUUCUGUUCAAUUCCUUUGCUUUGUAUUUCUACUUCGCUUUUUUUUUUUUUUCAUGUCUUGACCUGAUGGGGAUUAUCCUAAGAGUAUUUCAGGGGAUAAGCUUACACCAAAACUGGCGAUGGACUUUUACUUUGUCUUGUUUGCUGUUAAAACAGGGCUUAGCUGCAGAGACAACUACAGUGCCUGCCGAUUCUUGUCGAUCGUUUGCGCCGUUAACAGCGUCGUGAGAGCAGAAUGCAGAAAGUCCUGCAAACAAUGCUAAGCACACGAAAAAGGUGGCAAGUUAGUAUUCAUUUUAGACUACUUUAAUUAAAAUGCUUAUCUGCAAUUUCUCUGACUACAGUUUUUCCAAUUAGUGAUCAAUCAGUGAAUCCAAUUAGUGGCCUUAAAAAAUGGAUUGAGCAUAGAAUACGACUUUUUAAAUUUGCUUCUGUGUAGCCUGAAUAAACAGCAGACUUUUGGCGACGCCACCACUGUUUUCCCCGCCUGAUGAAGUCAGAGAAACGAGCGCAGAAGUUCCAUACUGAUAACGCGUCACUACCCAGAUCUGGCUAGUGACGCGUUAUCAGUAUGGAAUUUCUGCACUCGUUUCUCAGACGUCAUUUGGCGGAGAAACCAGUGGUAGCGUGCGUCACCAAAAGGCGGCUGUUUUCUCUGGCUAGCUUUUGUGAAGCCUCAAUGCUCCCAGAAAACCAACCCUCUGUUUCGUACAUCGAAUGCAUCUGUAAUAAUCCAUUUUUAAUGAACACCAAGGUUUUUUUAUAUUGCGCCAGCUACUUUAGCCUCGACCGACAGAAGCAAAAAUACGUACUUGCAUCUCUAUGUUAGUAAGAAAAAUUCACAUGCCAAUUUUUCCCCAAAGGUACAGGCUUAUUCCGACUGGUUUCUUUACCUAACAUGUCGUCAUUAAAAGUUAAAGUUAAGUGGCGUUACAUGGGUAAUUCUACCAACUUGUAUUUACCGCCUUGCUUUCUGUUCAUUUCCUUUCCUUUGUAUUUCUACUUCGUUUUUUUUUUUCAUGUCUUGACCUGAUGGGGAUUAUCCUAAGAUUAUUCCAGGGGAUACGUUUACACCAAAACUGGCAAUGGACUUUUACUUCUCUUGUUUGCUAUUAUAGGAGUUAGCUGCAAAGAGAGGACAAUGUUUACCUAUUGCAGUUAAACAACAAAAGAUAAAUUAGACGCUUUUCUUUCACGGAAAUCUCUUUGACUUGGUAUAGUUCAAUAAAUGUGCGUAUUUGAUUUCUUGCAGAUCAUUUGCCUCUGGAAACAAAACUGGGUGACUUUUAAAACGAAGCUUUAUUUAUCUGGGAAUGAAUAAAUAAAAGAGCAUUUAAAAUUUUUGAGGAGAUUUUCUGUUUGCAUUUUUGUCCCCAAUUUGUCACUUUAGAAACGAGAAGGAGACUGGUGACGAAAUAUGUCCCAAAUAGGCUAUUUCCGAUUUGCCUCAAGCCACUUUUUCAAAGCGAGGUUAAGUGUGAAGCCAUUGAUAUGAAAAUGAUAUUUGAUUAUAAUGCAAAUAAAACGCAUUUACACAACAAAGGUUUCUCACUUAGCCUCGUUUUGAAAGUGAGAUUUUUUGGAAAUCGGAAAUGGCUUAUUGCUUCUGGGAUCGUUACUGGGAACGCAUCGGUCAGCUAUUGGCCUAAUCUCGUACCCAGAUCUCCCACGUGUAAAACAGAGUGAGAUCUGGGUACGAGAUUACCAUUGGACAAGUUUUUCCCUGUCCUUAGUAACAGUCCCAGAAGUUAUUGCCACAAAAAAAAAAAAACAAAAGCAAAAAAAACAACAACAACAACAACAACAACAAAAACACUCGUCCCACUCAAGUGAAUUAAGGCAUGGGUCAUCAGCUAUUUUCCCGUAAAAAUGAAGAACGUAGUGUGAGAAAUGUCAGUGUUGGCAGUGCCUCGUCCUCCAUCUUGAUAGUGAGAAGCCGAAACGAGCAUUGAUCGCGAGUUCAUUGGCCAUGAGUAUGAUGCUAUCACGGUGCAGUUAGAAAAAAAAGGGGGCAUCUCUUACAAACAUCGAAGAACGGCUGCUUAAACUACUGAAUCUAGAAUUGAUGAGCUCAUUCAGGAUUAUACCUACUCGCUACUCGUUCAACCAGGGGCACCCAACGAGAACAUAGUGCAAAACCACUUAAACAUAGUAGAAUGCCUAAAAGUAAUAAACGACCCUAAAUGUAAUAAAGUCCUAAAUGUAAUAACAUUUUGCCCUAAAUGUAAUAAACUCUUAAGUUGCAAAUUACAGUAAUUACUCAAAUAAGCACCGCAUUCGGUGGGAUUUAAUAAGCGCCGCGACGCUUAUUCGCGUAAAUACGGUAGUAAGAGGUAUUACUAUGGUUUUAAGCGCCGCCCUCAAAUAAGCGCCGCAUUUUUGGAGAAAAAAAUUUAAUAAGCUUCGGUACAUUUCCUUAUGCGCUGUGUAACUUGACGUUCACAAAUAAAUUGCUUGUAAAGGGACAAAAAAAAAAAAAAAAAACUUGUCAGCCUUUAAAAGUUUUUCAUACUUCAUUUUUGUUAAAGAAAUUUACUGCAAAAACCGUGGACGAAGAUCCUGUUGCUUGUCAUCGUUGAAUCUCUAGAAAAGACAUCUAUAAAUCAGCUAAAAUAUUAAGAACAAAAAACGAGAACUUAUAACAACGUUUAUAAAUAACUAAGAUAGUACACGUGCGCUCUGAUUGGCCAAGAGAUGUGUUUGCAUGAGAGUAUAUAAACAUUUGUGGAGUCAAGAUGUUUUGCUCUUCGCACGCUAAUCACACAAGCCCGAAUUUUAAAAUGUUUUUGAGAUGAAAACUCGACAAAUUUACUUUAUUUACCCAUUCCCUCGUCGGAUGAAACCUCGAAAAUCUUUACAAACACGCUGUGCCAAUUUUAAGCGAGAAAAACACUUUUUUGAAAAAAAAGAGAACUGAUUACACGUACAUUAAGCUUCGUGUACAAGACUUCGCAACUGGUAAGAAUUUCUCUUUUAAUCAGUAACCUAAACAAAGAGUUUUUCUUUUUUCUCGGGAAAGUUAGUUUAUAAAAGCAAUAGAAAACUUUUUCCUGUGUUUGCAUAGCCUGAUAUAAACACUCGAGGGGCUGGGAGAAUUCUUGACAGUUAUGCAAACCCUAGGCGAAUUAAGUCGAGGGUUUGCAUAUAUUAACUGUCUCUUGCUUAAAUAUUGCUUUUUUCAGAAAAAUACUGCUACUUUGUCGUUACAAGCAAUUCAAUUUAUUUGUAAACGUUAAGUUUCGCUGUGCAUAAGGAAAUGUACCGAAUUUACACGAAUAAGCGCCGCGAAGCUAAUUAACCCCCUAAAUGCGGCGCUUAUUUGAGGGCGGCACUUAUUCGAGUAACUACUGUAAUUGGUAACUUAAGAGUUUAUUACAUUUAAGGCAAAUUGUUAUUACAUUUAGGACAAAAUGUUAUUACAUUUAGGACUUUAUUACAUUUAGGGUCGUUUAUUACAUUUAGGCCUUCUACAAACGUAUCUCAUUAUUUAAACGGUAGAUAUAGGCAUAUUUUUAUCCCCUAAAAAUUUCUCAUCUGUCCGGAUUUCCUAGCUGAAAGUUCAGUGAUUCAAAAAUACUUACCUUUUAGAAAAUUUCAGCCAGAAAAAAGGUUCCCGAAAAUUCUAGGUGACCUUUAUAGCCGGGUAAAAUUCCGUUAAAGAUGGGUAAUUAUACCAUUGUUUAGAUGUUCGAAAAUCCUAGGAGAGGUAAGCAAGCAAGAAAUUUUACAAAAAAUGUUCCGAAAAUUCUAUAUCUCAAAUCGUCUUUCGUCUUCCGAAAAGGUAUAGUAUUUUCCGAAAAUUGACGUUGGGUGCCCCUGUUCAACGUGGGGCUUACCAGAAUUGGACGAGUCGGAGAGCGCAGCAGAAUUGCCAGCAGACUGUGUGAUAGAGUAUGUAACGCUAUGGGUGCGUCUGUAUCUUUAAACGACAUCGACAUUGCUCACCGCGUCCCACUUGGAGAUUCAACGCGGGAAGGCCCCAAAUCAAUUGUAUGUAAGUUUGCAAGGCGGUUGGCUAGAAUGAUCGGAAGUAAUAUAAUAUGGCGGUGUGCAGGCCACCAAGGUCAGCGCCCAUAUUUUUUGGUCGUUGCCACCCAAUAAACAAUCGCAGUGAAAUAGCUCCUGCGUUCAAUUAAAUCUCUGGAGUGCAAUACUUUAAAUUUUAAUACUUUUUUCCUGUUUAUAUAUACCCAUGGUUAUUUUGAGCAGGGGCACAGCGCGAGGGUCUUGGAGAAUAGGGAGCAGAAGGGGGAUACGAAAGAGGGAAGAGAAAAGAGCGGGAGGUGUGGGUUCUAAAAUGGUAGAAAGCGGUAGAAAUAGGGGGAAAUUAAAAGGUUUUAAGGGUGGAAGCCAAGAAAAAAGGGGUAGGAUCCUGGAGUGCAAGGUACAGGGGGCGGGAGGCUUGGACCCCCCUGUCCACCCACUAUUUAAGAGCUAUAUAUUUGAGUUACUCCUAUUCUCCAUCCUCUAAAUUUUCCCAAAACCCUAAGCCCCUAAGAUUCAUUAAGAUUUUGAGUAAAUCUACCGUAGUGAAGGGAAUUUAACCAAAUGUGGCUUUUCAUCUAGAGCAUAUGUUCAAAAAUAUACUUCACUUAUUUUUCUCAUGCUAAUGCAGUUUGUACCACAUUUAAACUUUAAAACGCAAACAUCAAACAGAUAAGUUUCACAUCUGCACAGGUGAGAUGAAAGCCUUUCCGAUAAAUUUUCAAGUCUUUUAGCGAAUCAUUACCACAAGUUGCUUCAGCCUGGUGUGAAUAAGACUGAACGCUGAGUACCAUGAAGUGGUUGUACCUAGCGCCAUGUUCAGCGCCAUGAGCGGCCUCGAGGUGUUUGGCUUGUUUAGGAGGACGUUUUUUCACCGUAAUUACACAAAUUUCGAUAACAAGUAGAGCUACACAUAAAUAAUAAAUAUUUUAACUCAAAAGACUUUGUUGACUUGAGGAGAUAACGAUUAUAACGGUUUUUUAAAACAAGAUUUCAUCUUCUUUGCGUGUGUGCGUGCGCUAGCAGAACGCGUCUCUUUAUUUUACCUGUUACUGACGAAAGAUUUUCGAAUUUCUAAUGCCUGUAAAAUCCCCGAAAAAAGCAUGGAGAGCUAAAGAGGCAGCUCGGGGAAGCAAAGAUAGAUUUGAAGAAACUGGAGUAACGGAGUUUCAGAGCAAGAACGUAGUGUGAGAAAUGUCAGUGAUAGCUUCGCGGUGAAAAAAAAGGGGGGCAUCUCUUACAAACAUCGAAGAACGGCUGCUUAAACUAGAAUCUACAAUUGAUGAGCUUCAGAGUCUUACGCUGCAUUGACACCUUUCCGUCCCAUUCGAGCAUACGGAAAUCUAUGAAAACUAAAAAUAAGCUUUUAUAUGAGAGCAAUAAAGACCUGUACAAAUUCCAUCGAAACACAAUUCUCACCCUUACUCGUCAUAGUAAGCCAGUAUUCCUACGUCUUUUUAUCCUUUCUCUAUCCUCUUAAUUAUGAUUAAUAUAUUUAUAGAAAUUAUUGUAUUUAAUCUGUAAUAUCAUAUUUAUUAUCCUGUAACUUUCUUUGUAUUAAUAUUGUAAUUUAAGUGUAAGCGAUACGUUUCCAUACUACUUGCCUCGAUUAGCUUCACUAUUUGCAGGCAGUCUGUACUUGCACUUUAUCGAUUUUACCAUGUAAAUAAACUUCUGUGAAAACACUUCUGUACGCACGUCUGUACGCAUUAGCACCAUCCUCGGAGACCCAGGGGCAGUCAGUCGGGUCGGGAAAAAAGGCGGGACGAAAGUUUUUAUUACGGGCGAAAGAGCCCCUGGGUACCGACUCUCACCGAACUAUUUCCAAAAAUUCGAGCGGAUGCCGGCUCCUGAUUGGGCACAAAAAAUGCUUUGUAUUAUUGUGCCCAAUCGGCGAACAGUUUCUCCUGAGUUCUUUUCGUGAGUUUGUACACGACGGCUAUUGUCUCGCCACAAUUGCCCGGUUCGUUCACCAAUGCAAGCUUGUGCGUACAAGGGAAACUUUUAUUUUCUACUUUCCUAACCAGAAACAAAGGAACUACCGAUGAGUUGAAUAAACGUUUGGGUUACUAUCAGCAAGAGCAAUUGAAUUUGCCCCGAGAAUAUUCUGUUUUGAAGGAUCACAAUUAAGAGGCAGCGGCGAUGAGAAAUUCAAAUGAGUAACAGCUUGACAAGGCACAACAACAACUUUGCAUGUGCAUCACGCUUUUUUGUACAUUUCUUUGCUGUCAACUGCACGACUACUCGUGAAAAUGCCAAAUUUCACGUUUUGUGAAGGACGUAAACAAGCAAUAACAAAAUUCAUUCUCUCUUCAUGAACUUUGAUAUGGUUCAGAAGAGUUCGCUUGCAUUUGUCAAAGUAAACGAGUUGGAUCAGAUGGGGAUUUUAUAUCAAACUGAAAGUUUCCUGACUGCGUGCAUUUAUCGAGACAAUAGCCGUCAUGUAAGAACACACGAAGAGAACUUAUUGAGAUGUGUUCGCCGAUUGGGCACAAUAAUACAAAGCAUUUUUUGUGCCCAAUCAGGAGCCGGCAUCCGCUUGAAUUUUUGGAAAUGGUCCGUUGAGAGUCGGUACCCAGGGGCUCUUUCGCCCGUAAUAAAAACUUUCGUCCCGCCUUUUCUCCCGACCCGACUGACUGCCCCUGGGUCUCCGAGGAUGCAUUAGCACCCACGCGCACGUUUUUCAAUGUCAAUAAGCUAAACAAACUAAUGCACAGGGAAACACGUCCGUACGCAUCAGCACCCACGCGCAAGGUUUUCUAUGUCAAUAAGCGAAAUUUAAUGUCAAUAAGCUAAACAAACUAAUGCAGCUUUCCUUGAAUAUUUACCCAGAAUGACUUUAAAAAAAAAAGGGUAAAAUAGUGAAUAAGGUCAGGGGAAGGGGAGUUCAGGGUGGGGACGCCCAUAUUUUUUGGUCGUUGCCACCCAAUAAACAAUCGCAGCGAAAUAGCUCCGGCGCUCAAUUAAAUCUCUGGAGUUCAAUACUUUAAAUUUUAAUACUUUUUUCCUGUUUAUAUAUACCCAUGGUUAUUUUGAGCAGGGGGACAGCGCGAGGGUCUUGGAGAAUAGGGAGCAGAAGGGGGAUACGAAAGAGAGAAGAGGAAAGAGCGGGAGGUGUGGGUUCUAAAAUGGUAGAAAGCGGUAGAAAUAGGGGGAAAUUAAAAGGUUUUAAGGGUGGAGGCCAAGAAAAAAGGGGUAGGAGCCAGGAGUGCAAGGUACACGAGGCGGGAGGCUUGGACCCCCUGUCCACCCACUAUUUAAGAGCUAUAUAUUUGAGUUACUCCUAUUCUCCAUCCUCUAAAUUUCCCCAAAACCCUAAGCCCUAAGAUUCAUUAAAAUUUUGAGUAAAUCUACCGUAGUGAAGGGAAUUUAACCAAAUGUGGCUUUUCAUCUAGAGCAUAUGUUCAAAAAUAAACUUCACUUAUUUUUCUCAUGCUAAUGCAGUUUGUACCACAUGUAAACUUUAAACGCAAACAUCAAACAGAUAAGUUUCACAUCUGCACAGGUGAGAUGACAGCCUUUCCGAUAAAUUUUCAAGUCUUUUGGCGAAUCAUUACCACAAGUUGCUUCAGCCUGGUGUGAAUAAGACUGAACGCUGAGUACCAUGAAGUGGUUGUACGUAGCCUUUACAUUGUACGUGAAGUUUGCUGCGUCCGGAAAUCCAGAGGGUAAGUUACAAAUUUGUAUCACGUUUUUUAGUUCCCUACUUUCUAGUUUAAGAUUACGUUAAAAAUCUAGACAUCCAAAAAGAGCGCGAAGCGGCUAAAUCAUAACACCCUCUGUAACAGACCCAGUGGAAUCGACAUUCACCGGUUUUUCGGAAGGAAAAAAAAAACCCUAUUUCGGUUAAUUUUCUCGAAUUUUCCAGAGUACUUUUUCUCAGUAUCCGCUAUCGUCAGUUAUCUAAAUUUCCAUGACAGGAAGCAAUGCCUUAAUUCAGUUUCCUCCUUUUAUUUUACUUAAUCAUUCCCUGUGCCCAGCAAAAAAAAAAAAAAAAAAAAAAAACAAAACAAAACAACGAACAAACAAACAACAACUACAACAUCAAGUAAAACUUCAAAACAGUUUUGCAAUAAACAAAGGAAUCCUGUGUAUCACUCUCCUGAAACUUCAGCCCCUUCUGUCUUGUCUUUUAAUCUUUUUUUUCUUUUUUUUUUUUUUGAUCCAUGUUGACUUUUUGCUUGCGUCAAACAAACAAAAAAUAAGCCGGGUGGGUAAAAACACGCCCGACAGUGACCAGGGAAGCAAAGAAACAGCCGGGUAGAAACAAAAUAUUCGCCAUGUAGACUAACCUUUUACAGCAUGCCUAUGGACGAAACAUCCAGUACUGGGACGGGUGUAUAGAGGGGAAAUGUGUAGUAUAUCCAGCUAUUUCCAAAUCGUAAUUUCGCUUAUCUCCGGAAAUAAAUUGGGACCGGAAAGGUUCUGAUCGGUGACCUCAUGUUGGUCAGUUGAGCUGGUUUAUUCGUUCAGAAUUUUAUUGUUUUCAUUGUAGAGAAUGAGGGUGUGUAUGAUCCAGACCUGUUUGAAGGUGACAUGAUUCUGACGCCUGAUCAACGCAUGGCGGCAGAAUUGGGACUGGAUGUGGACAAUCCACUAGGAAGAGGCGCGACUAUAGGCAGACAGUGGCCUGGCGGCGACUUGGUCUACGUCAUCGACUCAAGUCUAUGUACGUUUGAAUUCGCAGUUUCUUUAAACAAAUAUGUCUUACGACACGAUGCCUUAUGACACGUGUGCGGUGUUAUAGGGCACACUGCUUUAAACAAAAGCCUAAGCGUGCCAAAUAUACGCAUAUCCGUGACAUUGUAACACAGAAAUCGUGACGUGUCAUGACACGCGUGCCCGUGAAUUCACCUUAUUCCCUGAAAUCCCGUGGAGGGCCAAAUAUUCCUAAUUUAGCAUAGCACCGCGAUUUUUCUGAAGGAAAUGUGCCGUGUAGAUUGCUAUUCCAAUUAUUUGUUUAUUCGUAAGUGUUUUGAAGCAGAAAAUUUCCACCAACAUCGGAUCGAUCUAGGAGGCUGGCCAAUGGUUGGCUAGCGCGGGACUUGAUUUUGUAACAGCUUCUGCCGCAGUUGAAUUGGUCAUGGUUGUUUUUUUUUUUUGAUAUAUACUCCAUUCAGCUAAGGAGGACAAAGCCGUGAAAGCCAUCAGAGAAGCAAUGACGGAAUGGUCAAGCAAAACUUGCAUACGCUUCAAGAAAAGAACAAACGAGACGGCUUACGUUAAAUUUAAGCUUGGCUCAGGGUAAAUACGUAUUAUAUGUUGUAUCGCUUUCAGUAAUUUUACGUUGUAUUGCAUUCAGUAAUUUUACAGUCAUUGUAAUAAUAUUCUUGAUGUGCGGUUGUAAUGGCUUUUGCUUCAUCGUCAUGUAGCUGUUCAUCUCAUGUUGGACGACUUGGCAGGCGCCAAGAUAUCAACCUCGCCGGAGGCUGCUGGACCCGCGGAAUUGUUGCUCAUGAAAUCGGUGAGUGUAGAAAAACAUGGACGACAUAGUCGAAAACUGUAAAUACUAUCUGUUUAGAACAUGAGGCAUAAAGGCACAGUUUUCUAAAUUUAUAAGACACAAAUGACUUUAAAACAUCUACAGAAAAUCUACUUUUAAGGGGUGCCUAACGACGGUUUCCUCGUAAAUGCUUUGAAAACACUUUUUAGGCUAUCCAGAGUACAUACUUUUAGAUCUCUAGGAGUGUAUUCUAAGUGGCGCUAAAAAUUUAUAUCUGUUCGGUCAUCCCAGGGCAACUAUGUUGCAGCCGAUAAGAAUAAGAUUUACAGCUCUGUCCUACUUUGAAACAACAUUUACCUACGUGUAUUUACGUUUACCCACGUACCCACGCUAACGAAGCAGUCAUCGAUCGGCAAACAAAAUUUGUAAACAAACAUUUUAUUACUGAUCUCUGUUUGCCUUAUUAAGCCUAGAAAUGCCUGCAAAUGGCGCCUGAGCAGUCACAAAACCCACAACGUAUGAGUAUAAAGAUUAUCCUAAAUUGAGCAUAAUUUUUAAUUGCUUAUUAGCAAAUGAAAAAAAUCAUUCGCGUUGCUUCGGGUCAGUGUUCCGCAAAACAAAUGUUAUCGAGUAGAAAAGAAACCAGAUUAUAAACAAAAUAUUUAGGCAAUAAUUUAUUUUAAAAACAUCAAUUCUUAAACAUAAUUAUACGAUCAUACUGCAAAGAUACAAGGAAAAGUUCAAGUGUACCAGAUCGGUGAAGAUCGCGUGGCCUGUUGCGUACUUUUCGGUAUAACUACAGGUCGGAGUCAAAAAUCAAAUCAGAGUUGAACAAACUCAUGCCUUUACCACUUUCCAAGUGUCGUGUAUUCUUUUCGUAAGCCACAUACUACUCGCAGAACCAUACCAGAUCGAUCGGCUAAGCUUCUGUACAUAUGUCCAAAGACUCUUGAGAACGUCAGUGUUGCCGGUAGCCCGCGACGUCGCUUCUGAGACUCCAUUCACAAAUUGAUUUUUCGUUUCCUAAACGUCUUUGUCAAUGGAAAGAACGACCGCAAUUAGCAUGAGCAAAGGAAAAGUCCGCUGACCAGCACUUCGCUUUUUUCAAGGCCCCAUUCUCUCUUGUUUUCUCCGUAUAAGAUCAUUUUAUUUUUACGCCAGUACUGAUUGAGAUCAAUCUGGCAAAUAUCGCGAAAGCUGUUGGUAUUCUCUGCCAUUUUUAUUACUUAGAAUCGAAAGCAAUGGCAGCCUCGUACAAUUCACAGUCUUUGCAUCAACGCAACGCGCGCGAGUAAUGCUUGAGAACCGUUUAAUAGCCCGAUCUCGAGAGUAAAUUUACGUUUAUUCACCUUGAUUGUACGCAAAGGCAAAGUUUCCGAAACAUUGAUCAUGCGAUCUUGGACAUGGGUAAAAAAAAAAAAAAGAGAAAAAAUACGUCACCUGAAACGUAACGGAAACGAGAAAGAACGGAAAUGUGAUAACAGAAAUGUGGCGGAAACAUGAUCGUUCGUUUCCGACGCGGAAACAUGACGGAAACUCGUCCCGUCCAUGGAAAACUAGAUCACCAUGUUUCUGCAGGGCGGCAACGUGACCGAUAUAAGCAACUUCCCGUUUCCGUCGACUUAACAAAAUACGGAAACACGUUAUUUCGUCCUUAAUUAUUGUGCAUCGAGAUAAAUCGCUUGAACACAAAACAAUUUAAGUUCGCGUAAUCAGUGCUCAGCGCUAUGACUCAGGCUUGACUUAAACAAGGUCACGAGCUAUUGUAUUUCAAGGUGCGUUUAGUUCAGUCUUUUACAGUGAGCUUUAUUUUACAAUGGACAGUUUAGAACACCAAUAAUAUGUGACAUGUAGGGAAGCGUUACUUUUGUAAACAAAGCUCAUUAAUGCUUUAAAAAAUCUUCGUUUACAAUUUUCAUUACAUUUACCUCCCCAAAGCCAUCCCAAGUAAAAUAUGAUAUAUAAGUAGCAGCCUUAUUCAUAAACACAACUGUGUCUUGUAACUCAAACGUAACAAAAACCGCAUUGUCAAAUCUGGUGUUGUUCCGGUACCGCUUAGCGACCAUUUUCUGGUAUUUUGCAUAAUUAAAGCUGGUAUUACAUCAAAGGCUAAACCGAGAAUGCUCGAGUAUCGCUCCUAUAAGAAUUUUAAUCCGACUUUAUAUUCCCUGGCAUGUUGUUGAAAACGAGGACAACGUCGACGAUGCCUUGUUUACGUGGAAUAAAAUGUUUUCGGAGGUUGCUGAUCAACACGCACCAGUAAAAAGAAGGCGUGUCAAGGGAACACCUCUUCCCUGGAUGAACAGUCAGAUAAGUGAUUCUAUGAAAGAACGUGACUGGGCGCAUAGAAAGGCGCGAAAAUCGAACUCGGCGCGUCAUUGGUCAAUGUAUGCAAAGCUUAGGAACAAGGUUAAUGGCUUAGUACGAACUUCCAAGUCUAAAUAUUACUGUGACAUGAUCGAGGAAGCCAAGGGUGACUCAGAUAAGGUGUGGAAAGCAGUGAACGAAGCAUGCAAUCGGAACUCAUCUCCAGAGAGUAUUCAGUGUAUUAUCUCUGAUGGUGUUCAGCAUAUAACAUCCCAAUCCAUUGCUUCUUCAAUGAAUAGCUUCUUUGCUUCCAUUGGCCGAAUUCUAGCAAGUAGAAUACAGACUCCCGUCUUGAAUUUAAAAUCCAUUUCAAAACACCCGCUUUUCCAGUUCGAGUUGACUGAAUUGGAUCAAUCAUUUGUGCUUGAGCAGCUCUUGUCAUUGAAAGCAAACAAAGCGAUUGGUCUUGACAAAAUUAGCGCGAGACUUCUUAAAAUCUAAGCUCACACAAUUGCACCAUCUGUUGUUAAACUUUUGAAUCUUUCAAUUCGCACUAGUCAAUUCCCCAAAUUGUGGAAAUGCGCGAAAAUCACGGCAUUGUUUAAGUCAGGUGACAGGACCAACGUUUCCAACUACCGCUCCAUCUCAAUCCUCCCUACACUAAGCAAGAUUCUGGAAAGAGCGGUACACUUGCAGUUGUAUCAGUACUUGAUUACCAAUAAUUUAUUGUCCAACAAGCAGUUUGGUUUCCGGAAGGGUUUCUCAACUACAACAGCUUUGACCUCAUUGGCUGAUGAAGUGCUCUUAAACAUGGAAGAAGGAAAGCUUUGCGGGGCCGUGUUCAUCGAUCUAACCAAGGCAUUUGACACGGUAGACCAUCAAAUAAUGUUAUGCAAGCUAUACGAGAUCGGUCUUUCUGAAACAGCUCUUCAUUGGUUCCGUUCUUACUUAACUGGUAGACAACAGCGCACAUCAUGUGGAAAUGAGUUAUCUGAGGAACUUCCAGUCACGCAUGGGGUGCCACAGGGUAGCAUUCUAGGGCCUCUGUUGUUUGUGAUUUACAUAAAUAACUUGCCAAAUGUGCUUAACUCCUGCUACGCGUCACUUUAUGCAGACGACACUGUAAUUUAUUGCUAUGGUACAUCCUCAAAGGAGUUGAGUGAUAAGUUAAAUAACGAUCUACUGGGUGUGGCGAAAUGGCUUCAUGAUCACAAACUGACUUUAAAUUUGGACAAAACUAAAUGCAUGCUUAUCGGUAGUAAUAGGAAACGCGAAAGCAAAGUAGAUUUGACUGUUUCAAUUUUAGAUCAUAGUAUAAGUAAUGUUCGCAGCUUUAAAUACCUCGGUAUACAUAUAUCUUCGGAUUUCUCAUGUACUGAUCAUAUUGAACACCUAACUGGAAAAAUCAAUCAGAGGCUUGGGCUUCUCAAGCGUAUAAAACAUUUAUUGCCUUUCAGGGCGCGUCUACUUUUCUAUAAAAGUCUUGUUAUGCCCCUUUUUGAAUAUGCUGAUCUAGUAUGGGGCGAUAAACAUAAUAUUACCCUUAUGUCUAGUUUGCAAGUUUUGCAAAAUAAGCCGCUAAAGUUAUUUUAAAUAGACCAUUGUCCUCAUCCUCCACUGAGGCAUUAGCCGUUCUCAAGUGGCUGCCUCUAGAUAAAAGGCGAUUUCAAAGAAGGUGUGUACACGUAUACAAAUGCAUCAAUGGCCUAAUUAAUCACGAUAUGGACUUGAUUAGACAAGACGUACUUCAUAGGCAUAAUACACGUAACAAAGGCAAUUUUAGAUUACCACGUGUCAAAAGAAAUUGGGGGAAGCAAAGAACACAAUAUCAUGCCGUUUCCGAUUUUAACUCCCUCAGUCAGACGAUCAAAGACUCAAGGAAUGUAAAUAGUUUUAAACGUAAUGUUUUUAAGUUUUUAAUAUAGCUACUUACGUUUAAUUUUUACUUAUACUUAUUUUUAAUUUUUUAUGCAUUUUUUGUAUCUUUUUAAUCCCUUUGCAAUUUUAUAGCUUUUUUUUGUUUUUAUAAUAUAUAUCUAGUUUUGAGGUCCUUUUUGAAAACCAUAUCUUUUAUGAAAAAGUUUCCUCAAUAAAAAUGAUUAUUAUUAUAUUAUAAAAAUUUAUUAUUGCUGGCCUUCUAUUCGGAUCCUAUUAUUUGAAAAGAAAAUCUGUAUUUCGGCUACUCAGAAUAAUAAAUAUUUGUGUGACCAUGACAGGAAAAUUAAUUUUCCCUUUAAGAGACAUUUUAACAAAUUAACUCUUUCAAGGAAGUCAGAGGGAGGUGAAAUUUAACAAUCAUUCAUUUCUUCUUUUCUUCUACUUUCAUUGUUUCCAAAUAUGAAAAAUUGUUCGUUACAUAGCAUUCACAGAAGAUAAACAUGUUCGAUUGGCAUAAUAUUGCUUCAAGGAAAACGACAAGUACGUAGACAUAGAGUUUCCUAUAAGAUCAAACCAUUCUGCACUUUACAUUAAGAUAAAUCCGUGUAAUAAAUGGGUGGAGAGGAUGGCUGUGAUGGGGGUUUGGAGGCCAUUAUCAGCACAAAUUGUCAAUUUAUGUGGUCAGUGAAAGUGCACAUUUGACAGAGUCUAGGAAUUUCAAAACCUAUGGCUGUGGCAACUAUGUCUGUCCAAGCUUGUGCAUUUUGAGAAUUGAGAUACCGAUCACCUCUACAUGACUUGUAUGUGGACAUUUCAUACAAAUUCUCUCUUGCAUGUGUUUAUGUUUCUCAUGCAUACAAAUAACUAUGCACACUUGCAUAAACGAUGUGGUACUUUUUACAGAGAUUCAGUGCUGAUGAAUGCCUGCAUGUUAAAUAAUCAUAAGUCAUGAUCAAUUUCAUAAUUCUCAUGAACUUCAUCCUUAAUGAGAUUGCUACAUGUAAUUCUAUUUCGGUGAUUAUGUUUGCACCUUACUGUUCCAAAAAAUAGCUGUUAGGUGUGAUUAUGUAUAAAACAAGUAUAAAAACUCUCAUUGCUGUUAGUUCACUAACAAUAAAAUGAUAUUUUUUGUCCAAUAACCAGCAUUUUCUUGUUGUUUUCACUGCAGCAUUACCUCCUACCAUUUCAUCCACUCAUUUUUUAUGCAGUACCAAAAACAGGUACAUCUGCAUCUGAGGGCUAAAGCCGAUACUACUAAUGACAUCCUUCACAUAUGCAAUGCAAUUUUGGCUGCCAUUCCUUAACAACAGCAACCCCAAUUAAAUCCCAGAUGGGCACUGGGUUCGAAUUAACUCCAACCAAAGGGAGAUUGAGAACAUCUUAGAUGCAAUAUCAGAGCAGGUGUUGAAAUGUCGGUCCCGCCCUACCAUCCCUGACAUUUUACGGGCCUCCUCCCCCGAACUUCGCAAGGUUCUGCGAUAGACGUAUUUCUACUAAUAAAAUAAAAAUUCCAGCGGACAAAUGCGACCGCUGUACGCGUAUGCUAUGCAUGUGCCUAAUGAUGUGGAAUCAAUUUCAGGGCACGCAUUAGGAUUCUAUCACGAACAGUCACGACCUGACAGGGAUGAAUACGUCACUAUCUUAUGGGACAACAUCAAAACAGGUAAGUUGGAACAAAAUAGCAUGUCAUAUAGUUUACAUUAUGUGAUUUAGUCGAGUGAAUUCCGUUAUAAAAAUAUAAUACUUCAACUUCUUCCAAAAAGGCAACGUUUGCAGCUCUGCAUCAGUUAUAAUUAAUGUGUAUUCUAAUUAAAGCAAUUGAAAUAGGAAUAGAGCACUUUUAUGUGAUCCUAGCAUUGGUACAUCAACAGUAGGGCAGGGCUUUUUUUCUUUUCCGUGGAUUCAACGUAUUAUUUAGGAAAUUUUGCUGUAAUUACAUCAAUUCUCAUGUUUAACAAGCCGACCUUUUCUUGUCCUAGUCUAUUACUAUGCUUUAUCUAAUUAUUUAAACUCAUUGAGGGUUGGUACGUCCCGAGGUUUCAAAUUAUUACCAAGCUUCCUUUCUAUCGAAGUGAUUUGAUUUUUUUGAGUUAUAUUAUGAGCUGUUACAUACUGUUGACUGAAUUAAUGAUACUUUAUGUUUUAAGUUAAUAGAUUAUUUUAUAUUUAAUCGAAGUAUAAUAACCUUUAGGUAAGAGUCAUAAUUUCAAAAAGUACAACCGUGGAACAAUAGACUCUUUGGGAAGUCCAUAUGACUAUGGAAGCCUGAUGCAUUAUGGGAGCAAAGCUUUCAGCAAAAAUGGAAAACCUACGAUCGUCGUCAAGCAGUCUGGGGUAUGUAAUCAUUCGAUGUUUUAGUUGUGGAAAAAAUUCCAGUCUAUUUUUUUCUACGGCGUAAUUGACGAUUACUGAUAAAGAAUUGUGAAACAUGUCUGGAAAACCUACGAUCGUCGCCAAGCCGAAUUCUCAGGUAUGAAGUCAUUCGAAAUUUUAGCUCUGGGACAAAAUCAGUCAAUUUUUUUACACAGCCUUCAGACUAACUAAGCAUCACUGAUUAAGAAUUAUUAAACGUGCUUUAUGUCAGUUUUAUUGCAUUCGAACUUUUAGUUGGAAUGAAUUUUUCUUAGUUAAAUUAACUCUUUCUAAGCUAAAUUAAGUACUUUUUAAAUCGACAGGAAUUGUAAAUAGUGUUUUGAAUGAAUAGUUUGUUCUUUUUUUCAAGCGAAUUAAUUGUAAAUAAGAAUUUAAUAGUUAGCAUUGUUGUCAAUAAAUUUUUUUCAUCAUUAACGAAUGCUAGGUCCAUUUUUUUAAAAUGAAAAUGGUGUUUUGCUUAUUUUUUCAGUGACUGACGCUAAAUCGAUUUGAUGCCCAAUUUCUUGUUGUCAAAGAGAGCAAAUUACAGCGAAAUUCGUUGUAUCGCGCUGCGCGUAUUGCAAAAUACGAAGGGAUUUUGGCUUUUUCUGUUCCGUCAAUCAUUUUACUGAAGGCGGGGUUAAAGCAAAUCACAAUGUAACACCUUCUCCCAGCUUGGCUGAGAAUGAAUCUUACUAGACUGUUCAAGAAUAGCGAAGGAAAUCGCGAUGGAGCGUGGAUUUUUGUCGAAGGAAGAAAGGAGACGUUGCUUUAUUAUUGCAUCAGUGACAAGAAUGAGAAAGAGCAGAAAAAUCUGCGAAGCAAUCUUAACUGGUCGAUUAUUGCCCCAAACAGGACGAUCACAAAGCAACGAACCUUGAAAGACGAAACAAACAAAACGGAUCGAAAUCCACCAAUCACGAAUCACAAUCCAUGACCUUUUGAACUAGUGCAAGUAAACAUGUGUUUCCUAAGAGGUCCGCUAAGAUGAUUGACGGAACAGAAAAUGCAAAAUUCCUUCGAAGUUUGCAAAACGCACAGCGCGAUACAACGAAUUUCGCUAAAAAUGGGACCGCUCCCUUCAUACAUGUAAGAUAAUCCACGACAGUGUCGGAUUCUGGAUCCCACGCUGUGGAUUCCGGUUUCCAGCUACUGGAUUUCGGAUUCCUUGUCAAUGGAACUUGGAUAACGGAUUCCAAUCGUAGGCGGAGUUCCGGAUUCCAAGAGCUGAAAUCCGGAAUCCAAAGCCCAAGAUUUCCUAUUCCACAGGCCAAAAUUCUCCGAGUUCCAGAAGCCGGAUUACAUGACCGCUCCGUCUAUGCAAACAAUUGCCCUGAAAUAUGUAGUGCUUAACAGCCGAACACGCAAAUUUUGUCCGACAGCUGUUAAUUUUGGAACAGUUUAAAACGCCAGUUUCAUCAGUUUGUUGCCAUUAUACAGGAGUGUAUUGCGUAAAGGUUGCAAUCUGUUUUUUGAUGAUGUUUUGAAUUUUUUUAACAGGCUACCAUAGGUCAGCGGGAUCGUGUCAGUUCAAAAGACGCGCAGCAAAUGAACCUCCUCUACAAAUCACAGUGCGGUAAGAUAGAUCAAAUAAGAACUUUAUUUUAACACGAUAAGGACACCAACAUCACUGGUUAAGAAUAUUUGUAACGGAUAUGUAUGUUUUUAGUUGCAGCUAAAAUAGGUUCGAAAUUCAUGUUAUCAGGUGCCAAAUUCUGUAAGACAGCGUUUAAAUUCUUUCAAGGUUUUGCCGUUAUUCCCUAAUUGUUCGUUAAACUGUUCCAUGCGAUGGCUCCUCUAUAACAUAUGGAGUUUCUGAUAAAAUUCGUUUGUGGUCUUAGAAAAAUGAUGUCCUUGUUUCGUCUGCGGCUUAAAUUCCUCUGUAAAACAAAUCUUUAAAUUCCUUGACUCUGUAACCUUGGUGGUGAUAGAGGCGGCGGUGACGGAAGUAAGUGGCAUUAGAGACCUUAAGAUCGAGGUUUGGUCAUUCAUUACUGUAAACGACAAAUUGCAGUUUGUGGUUAACGGAGAAAUUGUCUUCAAAAUUACGUUUUUGAAUAGAAUUCGAUAGUUAAUAAGCAAAAAAGAGUUCCCAAAAGUCGUAUUUCUUCUCAAACGUGGGAAGAGGUUGUAAAAAGAUCUUUUGGUUAUCCGCUGAUUGAUCUGAAAACUACUACCCAUGAUAAUUGGCGACUGCGAACAAACAUCCUGCCCAGCGAAGAAGGUUUUAACCAAGCGUGGUUUCAAGAAAAUAUUCCUCAAGAGCUUCUAAAAUAUCGGAAGCAGCAAACUCUUUCACCUGUCCCGCUUGUUCCAGCUAGGCAAGAAAUAUAGGGAAACAUGGAUGACGUGCUUUCUCGAAACGAUCUUCAAGCCGAUGAAAAAGCUAAGCGAUACUUUCAGUUGCAAAACAGAAACUUGGCUUUUACCGAAAAUUAAAUAGAAGAACACGACCGGAAGAAAUAAUCAGCAGUGUUCCAGACUAACAUCAAGCACACAAGAUUCUUCGACAGCAACGACAGCAUGCAUUCUCCACUCCCCUCAACCCCUUCAACGUAACGCCUGAAUUAACAGAAGCAGUCAUCUCUCAAAAAGCUGAAAAACAAAGCUUCCUCCCACCACCACCCUUAAAUCCUACUUUCCUGACCCCUUCCCCCACAGUAGAAACUACACCACAACAAUGCCCGAAGCGCAAAAGGCGUCAGAUUCAGUUUUUAAAUUAUUUGGAUGAUCAUAAUGGUCAUGGCAAAACAGCUGAGGAAACGAAGUCGGCUUAAGAAAUUUCGAGUCAAAUCUUACUCGUACUGCAUGGGCGAAGAAGAUGAGGAUUAAUUCUUCAUUCCUUUCAAAUCGCGUUUUAUAUCUCGUGUCUGGUUUUAUGGCUAGCAAUUAUUAGACGCAUGUUUCAAUUGAUCCUUGUUAAGUUAUUAAUUGUUUUUAUAAUAAUACGUCAAGGUUCUCCCUUGGUUUUUUACUGUAGAGCUAAUUUGUAUUCAACGGUGAGCUUGUGACCUCGCAUAACUAACUGACUAACGGCGCCUGAAACUACAAGACUUAGGGAUAGGGUGAGGUUAGGGUUUAGGGUUAACGAAAGCCAUGGUGAUAAAAAGUGAACAGAAUUUUCCAAAACAGCGAACUCCAACAAAUUGUUUCCUAGCAAAGUGAUUGCAAGAAAGAGAGCGCUUUCAAAAACUGCCCGCUUUUAUUUUGAACACUUAACAGAUUCUACAUGAGCCAAUCAGGGUUAAAAGAGACCGCGCAAGUCUGGGCAAGCCUGUUGUGGCUAUUGUGUAACGGAGACGCUCAUUAACAAACCUAUACCGAAUUAGUAUGCAGGAAGGCUCCCCGAAGGCACUAAAUUAGUAUGCAAGAAGACACUUGUACAUCUCAAUAAAGGGAAGGCACGCGGAAGGCAGGGGGAAGGCACCAAUGGGGCUUAAUUCUGACCCUUUACCACUACUCACAGUUUUCCAAAUCAACCCUAUCCCUCGGGGGAGAGCUACUUCCCAUACACUCUCUUAAAUGAAAUCCACACGAUGUUCUCACAACUUGCAAAGCGAUCAGCAAGGGUCUUGCCAGCGGAUUUGUGUACUGAUCAUGCGCCGCCAUUACGUCAAAAACCAUAGAUCAACGGUCUUGAGAAAAAACAAAAACAUGGCAGUCGAAGGCGGGACUGUUUCUCACUAUUAAAUUUUGGUAAUUCGCAAAUUUAUUGAUUUUUUGUCGCUUUUCAGACAUAGUGUGUGGUUUUCUUUGUCUGUUAAACAAUUUCCCUUUGCAGAGUUUAGCUGCAAACCUUGGGAAAGUUAAAGUAGCUUCAAGGUACAGAGCUUUCAGUAGUACUUGUGAUUUGUUUUAGGAUCGUUUUGAAUUUAACUGUGGGUUCAAGGUGUUGACUGAUCGAAAUAAACGAAGUGAAAUGUUAUGAAGUGUUAAUUUUUAUUCAGUUAUGAUAUGUACAGCAGUAAGCUCAUUUUUAUAAAGCUCUCUUGAAUAUACUUGCUUCCGAUAAAUUUGACACUUGCUCCAGUAAUUUUUAUCAGCAUCAAGUUAUCCUUGCCCGGCCAAGACGAUUUAACCUAUAAAUAAAUCCAUCGAGUGCGUUUUUGUUGGUUAGGAUCUAGCACGGUUGCGUUUUAGUUUCCCCCGCAUUUCAGUACCGAAAGACAAAUGCGAUUUGCAAGAAAAACAAAGAUGCAUGAUACGAUUUUUUUCAAUUCUUUAAGCAUUUCUGAUUUCCCCUAUGGGUUCGCUUCUUGCUUCUAAAAAGUUUUAAAAUAUUUACUGUGGGAAAAAUACUGUAGUUAUCCGCUGACCACCACGCUGGGUGACCGCUUUGCAAGUUGUGAGAACAUCGUUUCUCGGUCCCAGACCUCGUCUCUUCCCCUCCCCCACUGCUAUCCCUCUUUCUCACGUCGUUUCCAUGCCGGUGACAUCAUUGAAUUUUUGUUUUCCUGUCAGUAUGGCGAUGUAAUCACCUUAGUCUUGGACUUCAGGCAACGCGUUGUGGCUUUUGCGUGUUGCAUGGUUGGGGAAAACACUGUAUUUUUCUUAAAAAAAAAAGCAAUUAAGUGACAGAAGUUAAAGUCAAGUGGAGUUACUUGAGUGAUUCUACCAACUUGUAUUUCCCGUUUUGCUUUCUGUUCAAUUCCUUUGCUUUGUAUUUCUACUUCGCUUUUUUUUUUUCAUGUCUUGACCUGAUGGGGAUUAUCCUAAGAGUAUUUCAGGGGAUAAGCUUACACCAAAACUGGCGAUGGACUUUUACUUUGUCUUGUUUGCUGUUAAAACAGGGGUUAGCUGCAGAGACAACUACAGUGCCUGCCGAUUCUUGUCGAUCGUUUGCCCCGUUAACAGCGUCGUGAGAGCAGAAUGCAGAAAGUCCUGCAAACAAUGCUAAGCACACGAAAAAGGUGGCAAGUUAGUAUUCAUUUUAGACUACUUUAAUUAAAAUGCUUAUCUGCAAUUUCUCUGACUACAGUUUUUCCAAUUAGUGAUCAAUCAGUGAAUCCGAUUAGUGGCCUUAAAAAAUGGAUUGAGCAUAGAAUACGACUUUUUAAAUUUGCUUCUGUGUAGCCUGAAUAAACAGCAGACUUUUGGCGACGCCACCACUGUUUUCCCCGCCUGAUGAAGUCAGAGAAACGAGCGCAGAAAUUCCAUAGUGAUGACGCGUCACUACCCAGAUCUGGCCAGUGACGCAUCAUCAGUAUGGAAUUUCUGCACUCGUUUCUCAGACGUCAUUUGGCGGAGAAACCAGUGGUAGCGUGCGUCACCGAAAGGCGGCUGUUUUCUCUGGCUAGCUUUUGUGAAGCCUCAAUGCUCCCAGAAAACCAACCCUCUGUUUCGUACAUCGAAUGCAUCUGUAAUAAUCCAUUUUUAAUGAACACCAAGGUUUUUUUAUAUUGCGCCAGCUACUUUAGCCUCGACCGACAGAAGCAAAAAUACGUACUUGCAUCUCUAUGUUAGUAAGAAAAAUUCACACGCCAAUUUUUCCCCAAAGGUACAGGCUUAUUCCGACUGGUUUCUUUACCUUACAUGUCGUCAUUAAAAGUUAAAGUUAAGUGGCGUUACAUGGGUAAUUCUACCAACUUGUAUUUACCGCCUUGCUUUCUGUUCAUUUCCUUUCCUUUGUAUUUCUACUUCGUUUUUUUUUUUCAUGUCUUGACCUGAUGGGGAUUAUCCUAAGAUUAUUCCAGGGGAUACGUUUACACCAAAACUGGCAAUGGACUUUUACUUUCUCUUGUUUGCUAUUAUAGGAGUUAGCUGCAAAGACAGGACAAUGUUUACGUAUUGCAGUUAAACAACAAAAGAUAAAUUAGACGCUUUUCUUUCACGGAAAUCUCUUUGACUUGGUAUAGUUCAAUAAAUGUGCGUAUUUGAUUUCUUGCAGAUCAUUUGCCUCUGGAAACAAAACUGGGUGACUUUUAAAACGAAGCUUUAUUUAUCUGGGAAUGAAUAAAUAAAAGAGCAUUUAAAAUUUUUGAGGAGAUUUUCUGUUUGCAUUUUUGUCCCCAAUUUGUCACUUUAGAAACGAGAAGGAGACUGGUGACGAAAUAUGUCCCAAAUAGGCUAUUUCCGAUUUGCCUCAAGCCACUUUUUCAAAGCGAGGUUAAGUGUGAAGCCAUUGAUAUGAAAAUGAUUUUUGAUUAUAAUGCAAAUAAAACGCAUUUACACAACAAAGGUUUCUCACUUAGCCUCGUUUUGAAAGUGAGAUUUUUUGGAAAUCGGAAAUGGCUUAUUGCUUCUGGGAUCGUUACUGGGAACGCAUCUGUCAGCUAUUGGCCUAAUCUCGUACCCAGAUCUCCCACGUGUAAAACAGAGUGAGAUCUGGGUACGAGAUUACCAUUGGACAAGUUUUUCCCUGUCCUUAGUAACAGUCCCAGAAGUUAUUGCCACAAAAAAAAAAAGCAAAAGCAAAAAACAACAACAACAACAACAAAAACACUCGUCCCACUCAAGUGAAUUAAGGCAUGGGUCACCAGCUAUUUUCCCGUAAAAAUGAAGAACGUAGUGUGAGAAAUGUCAGUGUUGGCAGUGCCUCGUCCUCCAUCUUGAUAGUGAGAAGCCGAAACGAGCAUUGAUCGCGAGUUCAUUGGCCAUGAGUAUGAUGCUAUCACGGUGCAGUUAGAAAAAAAAAGGGGCAUCUCUUACAAACAUCGAAGAACGGCUGCUUAAACUACUGAAUCUAGAAUUGAUGAGCUCAUUCAGGAUUAUACCUACUCGCUACUCGUUCAACCAGGGGCACCCAACGAGAACAUAGUGCAAAACCACUUAAACAUAGUAGAAUGCCUAAAAGUAAUAAACGACCCUAAAUGUAAUAAAGUCCUAAAUGUAAUAACAUUUUGCCCUAAAUGUAAUAAACUCUUAAGUUGCAAAUUACAGUAAUUACUCAAAUAAGCACCGCAUUCGGUGGGAUUUAAUAAGCGCCGCGACGCUUAUUCGCGUAAAUACGGUAGUAAGAGGUAUUACUAUGGUUUUAAGCGCCGCCCUCAAAUAAGCGCCGCAUUUUUGGAGAAAAAAUUUAAUAAGCUUCGGUACAUUUCCUUAUGCGCUGUGUAACUUGACGUUCACAAAUAAAUUGCUUGUAAAGGGACAAAAUAAAAACAAAAAAAACUUGUCAGCCUUUAAAAGUUUUUCAUACUUCAUUUUUGUUAAAGAAAUUUACUGCAAAAACCGUGGACGAAGAUCCUGUUGCUUGUCAUCGUUGAAUCUCUAGAAAAGACAUCUAUAAAUCAGCUAAAAUAUUAAGAACAAAAAACGAGAACUUAUAACAACGUUUAUAAAUAACUAAGAUAGUACACGUGCGCUCUGAUUGGCCGAGAGAUGUGUUUGCAUGAGAGUAUAUAAACAUUUGUGGAGUCAAGAUGUUUUGCUCUUCGCACGCUAAUCACACAAGCCCGAAUUUUAAAAUGUUUUUGAGAUGAAAACUCGACAAAUUUACUUUAUUUACCCAUUCCCUCGUCGGAUGAAACCUCGAAAAUCUUUACAAACACGCUGUGCCAAUUUUAAGCGAGAAAAACACUUUUUUGAAAAAAAAGAGAACUGAUUACACGUACAUUAAGCUUCGUGUACAAGACUUCGCGACUGGUAAGAAUUUCUCUUUUAAUCAGUAACCUAAACAAAGAGUUUUUCUUUUUUCUCGGGAAAGUUAGUUUAUAAAAGCAAUAGAAAACUUUUUCCUGUGUUUGCAUAGCCUGAUAUAAACACUCGAGGGGCUGGGAGAAUUCUUGACAGUUAUGCAAACCCGAGGCGAAUUAAGUCGAGGGUUUGCAUAUAUUAACUGUCUCUUGCUUAAAUAUUGCUUUUUUCAGAAAAAUACUGCUACUUUGUCGUUACAAGCAAUUCAAUUUAUUUGUAAACGUUAAGUUUCGCUGUGCAUAAGGAAAUGUACCGAAUUUACACGAAUAAGCGCCGCGAAGCUAAUUAACCCCCUAAAUGCGGCGCUUAUUUGAGGGCAGCACUUAUUCGAGUAACUACUGUAAUUGGUAGCUUAAGAGUUUAUUACAUUUAAGGCAAAUUGUUAUUACAUUUAGGACAAAAUGUUAUUACAUUUAGGACUUUAUUACAUUUAGGGUCGUUUAUUACAUUUAGGCCUUCUACAAACGUAUCUCAUUAUUUAAAGGGUAGAUAUAGGCAUAUUUUUAUCCCCUAAAAAUUUCUCAUCUGUUCGGAUUUCCUAGCUGAAAGUUCAGUGAUCCAAAAAUACUUACCUUUUAGAAAAUUUCAGCCAGAAAAAAGGUUCCCGAAAAUUCUAGGUGACCUUUAUAGCCGGGUAAAAUUCCGUUAAAAAUGGGUAAUUAUACCAUUGUUUAGAUGUUCGAAAAUCCUAGGAGAGGUAAGCAAGCAAGAAAUUUUACAAAAAAUGUUCCGAAAAUUCUAUAUCUCAAAUCGUCUUUCGUCUUCCGAAAAGGUAUAGUAUUUUCCGAAAAUUGACGUUGGGUGCCCCUGUUCAACGUGGGGCUUACCAGAAUUGGACGACUAGGAGAGCGCAGCAGAAUUGCCAGCAGACUGUGUGAUAGAGUAUGUAACGCUAUGGGUGCGUCUGUAUCUUUAAACGACAUCGACAUUGCUCACCGCGUCCCACUUCGAGAUUCAACGCGGGAAGGCCCCAAAUCAAUUGUAUGUAAGUUUACAAGGCGGUUGGCUAGAAUGAUCGGAAGUAAUAUAAUAUGGCGGUGUGCAGGCCAGCAAGGUCAGCGCGACGGCUAUCGGUUUAGACGAAAACAUAAACUUUGCAAACGCAAAGGUGGUUGAUCAUCUAACUCCCAGGAUGCAAAAACUCUAUGUGGAUGCAGUGGCUAUCAACAAUGAAUGUCACUUUGCAUUCUGUUGGAUGAAGAGUGGAUCUAUCCUUCUCCGCCUGCUUGCCGAUUCCAGCCCUUACAGGGUUAGGAACGUCUCGCCUGUAUUUCUGAUCGUCUCUGCAAUUUAUGUAUUAAUGAUUGUUUGUCAAUAUCAUCUUUGCAAUGUCAUCCCUAACUCAAGCAAUGCAAAACAAAAGUUUGCUUCGCGAAUUGCCUUAUUCUGGACAUAAUAUUAUACUAUGUGCCAUGGGCAAUUCAACAACAUCAUCCCGUUUAAUAAUCUCCCAACUAAAAAGUAUUUGGAAUGUUAGCUUAGCCUUCAUGACAUUUUUUUUAACUCUAACGCUGAAUUGACACCUUUCCUUCCCAUUCGAGCAUACAGAAAUCUAUUAAAACUAAAAAUAAGCUUCCAUAUGAGAGCGAUAAAGACCUGUACAAUUCUAUCGAAAUACAAUUCUCACUGUUACUCGUCAUAGUAAGCCAGUAUUCCUACGUCUUUUUAUCCUUUCUCUAUCCUCUUAAUUAUGAUUAAUAUAUUUAUAGAAAUUAUUGUAUUUAAUCUGUAAUAUCAUAUUUAUUAUCCUGUAACUUUCUUUGUAUUAAUAUUGUAAUUUAAGUGUAAGCGAUACGUUUCCAUAUACUACUUGCCUCGAUUAGCUUCGAUAUUUGCAGGUAGUCUGUACUUGUACUUUAUCAAUUUCACCAUCUAAAUAAAGUUCUGUGAAAACACCUCCGUACGCAUUAGCACCCACGCGCACGUUUUUCUAAUCAAUGUCAAUAAGCUAAACAAACUAAUGCAGAGGGAAACACGUCCGUACGCAUCAGCACUCACGCGCAAGGUUUUCUAUGUCAAUAAGCGAAAUUUAAUGUCAAUAAGCUAAACAAACUAAAGCAGCUUUCUUUGAAUAGUUACCUAGAUUGACUUGAAAAAAAAAAAAAAAAAAAAACUGUAAAAUAGUGAUUAAGGUCAGGGUAGGUGGGGGGAGAAGGGGGUUCAGGGUGGGGACGUCCAUAUUUUUUGGUCGUUGUCACCCAAUAAACAAUCGCAGUGCAAUAUCUCCGGCGCUCAAUUAAAUCUCUGGAGUGCAAUACUUUAAAUUUUAAUACUUUUUUUCCUGUUUAUAUACACCCAUGGUUAUUUUGAGCAGGGGCACAGCGCGAGGGUCUUGGAGAAUAGGGGGCAGAUGGGGGAUACGAAAGAGGGAAGAGAAAAGGGCGGGAGGUGUGGGUUCUAAAAUGGUAGAAAGCGGAAGAAAUAGGGGAAAAUUAAAAGGUUUUAAGGGUGGAAGCCAAGAAAAAAGGGGUAGGAUCCAGGAGUGCAAGGUACAGGGGGCGGGAGGCUUGGACCCCCCUGUCCACCCACUAUUUAAGAGCUAUAUAUUUGAGUUACUCCUAUUCUCCAUCCUCUAAAUUUCCCCAAAACCCUAAGCCCCUAAGAUUCAUUAAGAUUUUGAGUAAAUCUACCGUAGUGAAGGGAAUUUAACCAAAUGUGGCUUUUCAUCUAGAGCAUAUGUUCAAAAAUAUACUUUACUUAUUUUUCUCAUGCUAAUGCAGUUUGUACGACAUUUAAACUUUAAACGCAAACAUCAAACAGAUAAGUUUCACAUCUGCACAGGUGAGAUGAAAGCCUUUCCGAUAAAGUUUCAAGUCUUUUAGCGGAUCAACCACAAGUUGCUUCAGCCUGGUGUGAAUAAGACUGAACGCUGAGUACCAUGAAGUGGUUGUAUGUGGCCUUGACAUUGUGUGUGAAGUUCGCUGCGUCCGGAAAUCCAGAGGGUAAGUUACAAAUUUGUAUCACGUUUUUUAGUUCCCUACUUUCUAGUUUAAGAUUACGUUAAAAAUCUAGACAUCCAAAAAGAGCGCGAAGCGGCUAAAUCAUAACCCCCCUCUGUAACAGACCCAUGCAGUGGAAUCGACAUUCACCGCUUUUUCGGAGGGAAAAAAAAACCUAUUUCGGUUAAUUUUCUCGACUUUUCCAUAGUGCUUUUUCUCAGUAUCCGCUAUGGUCAAUUAUCUAAAUUUCCAUGACAGGAAGCAAUGCCUUAAUUCAGACAGGAAUGUAGAACUGUUGUAGAGAGUUGCAACUAAAGUAAGUAAGUUUCUUCCUUUUAGUUACUUAAUCAUUCCCAGAGCCCAGCAAAAAAAAAGCAAAAACAAAAACAAAAACAAAACAAAACAACGAACAAACAAACAACAACUACAACAUCAAGUAAAACUUCAAAACAGUUUUGCAAUAAACAAAGGAAUCCUGUGUAUCACUCUCCUGAAACUUCAGCCCCUUCUGUCCUGUCUUUUAAUCGAUGUUGACUUUUUGCUUGCGUCAAACAAACAAAAAAUAAGCCGCGUAUGUAAAAACACGCCCGACAGUGACCAGGGAAGCAAAGGAAUAGCCGGGUAGAAACAGAAUAUUCGCCAGGUAGACUAAACUUUUACAGUAUGGCUAUGGACGAAACAUCCAGCACUGGGACGGGUGUAUAGAGGGGAAAUGUUUAGUAUAUCCAGCUAUUUCCAAAUCGUAAUUUCGCUUAUCUCCGGAAAUAAAUCAUCCUCGGAGACCCAGGGGCAGAUAGUGGGGGCGAGGGAAAGUCUAAACGGGAGGAACGGAAUGUCGUGUUCCAUUUAAGUUCCUCGUAGUUUGUACCAGUUCCAGGUCCACGGUCGGGCACCGCGACGUACCGGGGUUUACGACCAAAUGGAACAACUUUUUACCAAUCAAAAAUUCCACUUUUGCUCCCACCGAAAUUUCCGGGUUUUUUUCCUAAAUGGAAAGCGCCCAUUGUCCCCAGGGGCUCUUCUCGCCGUUCUUUACUUUUCUUCGUGCCAUAUUUUUCCUCCCGUUUAGACUUUCCCUCGCCCCCACUAUCUGCCCCUGGGUCUCCGAGGAUGGAAAUAAAUUGGGACCGGAAAGGUUCUGAUCGGUGACCUCAAGUUGGUCAGUUGAGCUGGUUUAUUCGUUCAGAAUUUUAUUGUUUUGCCUUGUAGAGAAUGAGGGUGUGUAUGAUCCAGACCUGUAUGAAGGUGACAUGAUUCUGACGCCUGAUCAACGCAUGGCGGCAGAAUUGGGACUGGAUGUGGACAAUCCACUAGGAAGAGGCGCGACUGUAAACAGACAGUGGCCUGGCGGCGUCAUGGUCUACGUCAUCGACUCAAGUCUAUGUACGGUUUGAAUUCUCAGUUUCUUUAAACAAAUACCGUAAAAUUCCGAAAAUAAGCCCCGGGGCUUAUAUUUUUGAAAGGCCCUUUUUGAGGGGCUUAGUUUUGGAGGGGCUUGUAUUCGGAGGGGCUUAUAUACGGAGGGAAAUUUGCGUUUCAAAAUCGAUUGGGCUAGCCUUAUAGUUGGAAGUAAAUUUACCGUUUUUGCUUUGUUUUACUUUGUAUUUGAGGGCAAUUUUCCAAGUAAAAGCCCCCCCGGGAGCUUAUAUUUGGAGGGGCGAUUUAACGGAGGGUUUCUUGCGUUACCGGUUUGGGGGGCUUAUAUUUGGAGGGGCUUAUGCAUGGAGGGGCUUAUUUUCGGAAUUUUACGGUAUGUCUUACGACACGAUGCCCUAUGACACGCGUGAGGUGUUAUAGGGCACACUGCUUUAAACAAAAGCCUAAGCGUGUCAAAUAUACGCAUAUCCGUGACAUUGUAACACGGAAAUCGUGACGUGUCAUGACACGCGUGCCCGUGCUUUCACCUUAUUCCCUGAAAUCCCGUGUAGGGCCAAAUAUUCCUGAUUUAGCAUAGCACCGCGAUUUUUCUGAAGGAAAUGUACCGUGUAGAUUGCUAUUCCAUUUAUUUGUUUAUUCGUAAGUGUUUUGAAGCAGAAAAUUUCCACCAAUAUCGGAUCGAUAUAGGAGGCUGGCCAAUGGUUGGCUAGCGCGGCACUUGAUUUUGUAGGUCUGGUGCGUGUCGACAUCGGCAGUCUUAGUGAGAUUCCUUAGUAAUUGAAAAGGUCAUUUUUGGAAGUUGGUUGAAUCUAGAGGCAAUUAAUAUAAGGGCUUUCCCCCGGGAAAAGAAAACUGUCUCACUCCAGAGUAAAGAGGUAUCCGUGAGGCCGGUUUCAAACGUCGUGCUACUGCCCGGCUUGCUUAAGUCCAAUUUAAUUCGAUGAAUUGAUUUCGGCACGGAAGAAGCACCACGUUUGAAUCAGGCCUAUUGGCUAAUAAGUGAGUGCCCGUGAAUAGGGGAAAGAGUGUAUAAAGGACAAGACUUAACAACUUCUGCUGUAGUUGAAUUGGUCAUGGUUGUUUUCUUUUUUUUAAUAUUUAUUCCAUUCAGCUAAGGAGGCCAAAGCCCUGGAAGCCAUCGGACAAGGAAUGAUGGAAUGGUCAAGCAAAACGUGCAUAAGCUUCAAGAAAAGAACAAAUGAGACGGCUUACGUUAAAUUUAAGCUUGGCUCAGGGUAAAUACGUAUUCUACGUUGUAUCGCAUUCAGUAAUUUUAUAGUCAUUGUAAUAAUAUUCUUAAUGCGCGGUUGUAAUGGCUUUUGCUUCAUCGUCAUGUAGCUGUUCAUCUUCUGUUGGACGACUUGGCAGGCGCCAACAUAUCAACCUCGCCCGAGGCUGCUGGUACCGCGGCAUUGUUGCUCAUGAAAUCGGUGAGUGUAGAAAAACAUGGACGACAUAGUCGAAAACUGUAAAAAUUAACUGUUUAGAACAUGAGGCAUAAAGGCAAAGUUUUCUAAACUUUAUAAGAUACGAAUUAAUGACUUCAAAACAUCUAUAGAAAAUCUACUUAUCAGUGACUUAUUCUUAUUCUAGUCCGGCCUUCGGCUUUUUAAAGGGACGGGUUCACGAUACUGCGCAUGUGUGAGUUCUGACAGUAACUAAUUGUUUUUAAACCAAUCGGAAACGAAUUAGACGCACGUAAGGAAAUUUACAUAAUUCAAAUUCAUUGUUGGCGACGCGGGAGUAUUUGUAAACAAACAUUUUAUUACUGAUCUCUCUGUUCGCUUUAUUUAAACCUAGAAAUACCUGCAAAUAGCGCCUGAGCGGUCACAAAAAACACACAGCAUAUGGGUAUAAAGAUAAUCCUAAAUUGAGCAAAAAUUUUAAUCGCUUAUCAGCAACUGAAAAAAUUCAUUCGCGUUGCUUCGGGUCAUUGUUCCGCAAAACAAAUGAUAUCAAAGUAGAACAUAUAAAGAAACCAGAUUAUAGACAGAAUAUUUAGGCAAUAAUUGAUUUUAAAAACAUCAAUUCUUAAACAUAAUUUUACGAUCAUUACCAGAUCGGUGAAGAUCGCGCGGCCUGUUGCGUACUUUUCGGUUUAACUACAGGUCGGAGUCAAAAAUCAAAUCAGAGUUGAACAAAUUCGUGCCUUUACCACUUUCCAAGUGUCGUGUAUUCUUUUCGUAAGCCACACACUACUCCUAGAACCAUACCAGAUCGAUCGGCUAAGCUUGUGCAUGUCCAAAGACUCUUGAGAACGUCCUGUUGCCGGUCGUCCGCGACGUCGCUUCUGAGAAAUUGAUUUUUCGUUUCCUAAACGCCUUUAUUAAUGGACGCCAAAAAAAACGACCGCAAUGAGCAUGAGCAAAAGAAACGUCCGCUGACCAGCACUCAGCUUUUUUCAAGGCCCCAUUCUCUCUUGUUUUCUCCGUCUAAGAUCACUUUAUUUUUACGCCAGUACUGAUUGAGAUCAAGCGUUACUUUUGUAAACAAAGCCCAUUAAUGUUUCAAUUUAAGUUCGCGUAAUCAGUGUUCAGCACUGACCCAGGCUUGACUUAAACAAGGUCACGAGGUAUUUUAUUUCAAGGUGCUUAUAGUUCAGUCUGUUACAGUGAGCUUUAUUUUACAAUGGACGGUUUAGAACACCAAUAAUGUGUGACAUGUAGGGAAGUGUUACUUUUGUAAACAAAGCCAUUAAUAUUUAAAAGAAAUUUGGUUUACAAUUUUCAUUACAUUUACUUUCCCAAAGCCAUCGCAAGUAAAAUAUAAGAUAUAAGUAGCAGCCUUAUUCAUAAACACAACUGUGCCUUGUAACUCAAACCUAACAAAAAUUUAUUAUUGCUGGCCUUCUAUUCGGAUCCUAUUAUUUGAAAAUAACAUCUGUAUUUCGGCACCUCAUGCAGAAUAAUAAAUAUUUGUGUAUGACAGGAAAAUUAAUUUUUCCCUUUAAGAGACAUUUUAACAAAUUAACUCUUUCAAGGAAGUCAGAGGGAGGUGAAAUUUAACAAUCAUUCAUUUCUUCUUUUCUUCGACUUUCAUUGUUUUCAAAUAUGAAAAAUUGUUCGGCACAUAGCAUUCACAGAAGAUAAACAUGUUUGAUUGGCAGAAUAUUGUUUCAAGGAAAACGACAAGCAGAUAUAGAGUUUCUAUAAGAUCAAACCAUUCUGUGCACUUUACAUUGAGGAUAAAUCCAUGUAAUAAGUGGGUGGAGAGGAUGGCUGUGAUGGGGGUUUGGAGGCCAUUAUCGGUACAAAUUGUCAAUUAAUUUGCUGAGUGAAAGUGCACAUUUGACAGAGUCUGGGAAUUUUUAAAACGUAUGACUGUGGCAACUAUGUCUGACCAACAUCACCUCUACAUGACUUGUAUGUGGACAUUUCAUACAAAUUCACUCUUGCAUGGGUUUAUGUUUCUUAUGCAUACAAAUAACUAUGUACACUUGCAUAAACGAUGUGGUCCUUUUUACAGAGAUUCAGUGCUGAUGAAUGCCCGCAUAUUAAAUAAUCAUAAGUCUUGAUCACUUUCAUAAUUCUCAUGAACUUCAUCCUUAAUGAGAUUGCUACAUGUAAUUCUAUUUCAGUGAUUAUGUUUGCACCUUACUGUUCCAAACAAUAGUUGUGAAGUGUGAUUAUGUAUAAAACAAGUAUAAAAACUCUCAUUGCUGUUAGUUCACUGACAAGAAAAUAAUAUUUUUUGUCCAAUAACCAGCAUUUUCUUGUUGUUUUCACUGCAGCAUAACCUCCUACCAUUUCAUCCACUCAUUUUUUACGCAGUACCAAAAACAAGUACAUUUGCAUCUGAGGGCUAAAGCCGAUACUACUAAUGACAUCCUUCACAUAUGCAAUGCAAUUUUGGCUACCAUUCCUUAACAACAGCAACCCCAAUUAAAUCCCAGAUGGGCACUGGGUUCGAAUUAAUUCCAACCAAAUGGAGAUUGAGUACAUCUCAGUUCUAACAUCAGAGCAGGUGUUAAAAUUUCAGUCCCGUCCUACCAUCCCUGACAUUUUACGGGCCUCCUCCCCCGAACUUCGCAAGGUUCUGCGAUACACGUAUUUCUAGUAAUAAAAUAAAAAUUCCAGCGGACAAAUGCGACCACUGUACGCGUAUGCUGUGCAUGUGCCGAAUGAUGUGGAAUCAAUUUUGAUCGUUUGCUUUCAGGGCACGCAUUAGGAUUCUAUCACGAACAGUCACGACCUGACAGGGAUGAUUACGUCACUAUCUUGUCGGACAACAUCAAAACAGGUAAGUUGGAACACUGAUAGCAUGUCAUAUAGUUUACAUUAUGUGAUUUUGUCGAGUGAAUUCCUUUAUAAAAAUAUAAUAUUUCAACUUCUUCUAAAAAGGCAACGUUUGUAGCUCUGCAUCAGUCAUAAUUAAUGUGUAUUCUAAUUAAAGCAAUAGAAAUAGAAAUAGAUUACACUUUUAUGUGAUCCUAUCAUUGGUACCGCAUCAACAGUAGGGCAGGGCUUUUUUUCUUUUCCCGUGGAUUCAACGUAUUAUUUAGGAAAUUUUGCUGUAAUUACAUCAAUUCUCAUGUUUAACAAGCUGACCUGGUCUACUUCCCUUUUCUUGUCCUAGUCUAUUACUAUACUUUAUCUAAUUAUUUAAACUCAUUGAGGGUUGGUACGUCCCGAGGUUUCAAAUUAUUACCAAGCUUCCUUUCUAUCGAAGUAAUUUGAUUUUUUUGAGUUACAUUAUGAGGUGUCACAUACUGUUGACUGAAUUAAUGAUACGUUAUGUUUUAAGUUAAUAGAUUAUUUUAUAUUUAAUCUGUUUAAUCGAAGUAUAGUAACCUUUAGGUAAGAGUCAUAAUUUCAAAAAGUACAACCGUGGAACAAUAGACUCUUUGGGAAGUCCAUAUGACUAUGGAAGCGUGAUGCAUUAUGGGAGCAAAGCUUUCAGCAAAAAUGGAAAACCUACGAUCGUCGCCAAGCCGAAUCCUAAGGUAUGAAGUCAUUCGAACUUUUAGCUGUGGAACAAAAUCAGUCAAUUUUUUUUUAACGGCCUUCAGACUAACUAACCAUCACUGAUUAAGAAUUAUUAAACGUGCUUCAUGUCAGUUUUAUUGCAUUCGUAGUAUAUAAUAAACUAAUGUUAAGGUCUAUUGUUUUUUUAAUGAAAAUGGUGUUUUGCUUAUUUCGUCAGUGACUGACGCUAAAUCGAUUUGAUGCCCAAUUUCUUGUUGUCAAAGAGAGCAAAUUACAGCGAAAUUCGUUGUAUCGCGCUGCGCGUAUUGCAAAAUGCGAAGGGAUUUUGGGUUUUUCUGUUCCGUCAAUCAUUUUACUGAAGGCGGGGUUAAUGCAAAUCACAAUGUAACACGUUCUCCCAGCUUGGCUGAGAAUGACUCUUAUUAGACUGUUCAAGAAUAGCGAAGAAAAUCGCGAUGGUGCGUGGAUUUUUGACGAAGGAAGAAGGGAGAUGUUACUUUAUUAUUGGAAGUGACAAGAAGGAGAAAGAGCAGAAAAAUCUGCGAAUCAAUUAAUCUUAACUGGUCGAUUACUGCCCGAAACAGGACGAUCACAAAGCAACGAACCUUGAAACACGAAACAAAUAAAACGGAUCGAAAUCCACCAAUCACGAAUCGCAAACCAUGACCUUUUGAACUUGUGCAAGUAAACAUGUGUUUCCUAAAAGGUCCUCCAAGAUGAUUGACAGAACAGAAAAUGCAAAAUUCCUUCGAAGUUUGCAAAACGCACAGCGCGAUACAACGAAUUUCGUUAAAAAUGGGACCGCUCCCUUCAUGCAUGUAAGAUAAUCCACGACAGUGUCGGAUUCUGGAUCCCACGCUGUGGAUUCCGGUUUCCAGCUACUGGAUUUCGGAUUCCUUGUCAAUGGAACUUGGAUUCCGGAUUCCAAUCGUAGGCGGAGUUCCAGAUUCCAAGAGCUGAAAACCGGAAUCCAAAGCCUAAGAUUCCCGAUUCCACAGGCCAAAAUUCUUCGAAUUCCAGAAGCCGGAUUACAUGACCGCUCCGUCUAUGCAAAAAAUUGCCCUGAAAUAUGUAGUCCUUAACAGCGGAACACGCAAAUUUUGUCCGAUAGCUGUUAAUUUUGGAACAGUUUAGAACGCCGGUUUUGCCAGUUUCUUUCCAUUAUAGUGUAUUGCAAUCUGGUUUUUGAUGAUGUUUUGAAUUUUUUUUAACAGGUUACCCUUGGUCAGCGGAAGGGUAUCAGUGCAACAGACGCGAAGCAAAUGAACCUCCUCUACAAAUCACAGUGCAGUGAGUUAGAUAGAUAAAAUAGGAGCGUUAUUUUAACACGAUAAGAACAUCAGCAUCACUGGUGGGUUCAUACAACAGUUACGAGAAAAAUAAGAAUUACUAAAAACAAAUUUACUAUUAGAAAUUAAAAACUAUUCAGAAUAUUUGUAACGGACAUCUAUGUUUUUAGUUGCAGCUAAAAUAGGUUCGAAAUUCAUUUUAUCAGUGUCAAAUUCUGCAAGACAGCGUUGAAAUUCUUUCAAGGUUUUGCCGUUAUCUUCCCUUGUACGUUAAACUCUUCCAUGCGAUUGUUUCUCUAUAACAUAUGGAGUUUCUGAUAAAAUUCGUUUGUAGUCUUGGAAGAAUGAUGUCCUCGUUUCGUUUGCGGCUUAAAUUCCUUUGUUAAAACAAAUCUUGUGACGGUGUAACCUUGGUGGUGGUGGAGGCUACGGUGGCGGGGGUAAGUGGCAUUAGAGACCUUAAGAUCGAGGUUUGGUCAUUUAUUACUGCAAACGACAAAUUGCGGUUUGGUGUUAACGGAGAAAUUGUCUUCAAAAUUACGUUUUUUGAAUAGAAUUCCAUAGUUAAUAAGAAAAAGAGUUCCCAAAAAUCGUAUUUCUUCUCAUAUGUGAGAAGAGGUUGUAAAAAGAUCUUUUGUUUAUCCGCUGAUUGAUCUGAAAACUACUACCCAUGAUAAUUGGCGACUGCGAACAAACGUCCUGCCCAGCGAAGAAGGUUUUAACCAAGCAUGGUUUCAAGAAAAUAUUCCUCAAGAGCUUCUAAAAUAUCUGAAGCAGCAAACUCUUUCGCCUGUCCCGCUUCUUCCAGCUAUGCAAGAAAUACGGGGAAACAUGGAUGACGUGCUUUCUCGAAACGAUCUUCAAGCCGAUGAAAAAGCUAAGCGAUACUUUCAGUUGCAAAACAGAUACUUGGGUUUUACAGAAAAAUUAAAUACAAGAACACGACCGGAAGAAAUAAUCAGCGGUGUUCCAGCAUUCUCCACUCCCCUCAACCCCUUCAACGUAACGCCUGAAUUAACAGAAGCGGUUAUCUCUCAAAAACCUGAAAAAGAAAGCCUUACCCCACCACCCUUAAAUCCUGCUUUCCUGACCCCUUCCCCCACAGUAGAAACCACACCACAACAAGGCCCGAAGCGCAAAAGGCGUCGGAUUCAAUGUUUAAAUUAUUUGGAUGAUCAUAAUGCUCAUGGCAAAGAGAUGAGGAAACGAAGUCGGCAUAAGAAAUUUCGAGUCAAAUCUUACUUGUACUCCAUGGGCGAAGAAGAUGAGGAUCAAUUCUUCAUUCCUUUCAAAUCGCGUUGUAUAUCUCGAGUCUGGUUUUAUUGCUAGCAAUUAUUAAUAGCAUGUUUCAAUUAAUCCUUGUAAAGUUAUUAAUUGUUUUUAUAAUAAUACGUCAAGGUUCUCUCUUGGGGUUUUUACUGUAGAGCUAAUUUGUAUUCAACGGUGGGUUUGUGACCUCGCAUAAUUAACUGACUAACGGCGCGUUAAACUACAAGACUUAGGGAUAGGGUUAGGUUAAGGUUUAGAGUUAACGAAAGCCAUGGUGAUAAAAAGUGAACAGAAUUUUCCAAAAAAGUGAACUCCAACAAAUUGUUUCCUAGCAAAGUGAUUGCAAGAAGGAUAGCGCUUUCAAAAACUGCCCGCUUUUAUUUUGAACACUUAACAGAUUCUACAUGAGCCAAUCAGGGUUAAAAGACACCGGGCAAGUCUGGGCAAGCCUAUUGUGCCUAUUGUGUAAAGGAGACGCUCAUUAAUGAACCUAUACCGAAUUAGUAUGCAGGAAGGCACUCGAAAGGCACUACAAAUAUUCAGGAAGGCACUUAUACGUAUUAAUAAGGGGAAGGCACCAACGGGGCUUAAUUCUGACCCUCCACCACUACUUAAAGUUUUCCAAAUCAACCCUAUCUCUUUUCUCACGACGCUUCCAUGCAGGUGACAUCAUCAAAUUUUUGUUUUCCUGUCAGUAUGGUGAUGUCAUGUAAUCACCUUAGUCUUGGACUUCAGGCAACGCGUUGUGCCUUUUGCGAGUGGCAUGGUUGGGGAAAACACUGUAUUUUUCUUCAAAAAAAGUGCAAUUAAGUGACAGAAGUUAAAGUUAAGUGGAGUUCCAUGGGUGAUUCUACCAACUUGUAUUUCCUGUUUUGCUUUCUGUUCAAUUCCUUUGCUUUGUAUUUCUACGUCGUUUUUUUUUUCAUGUCUUGACCUGAUGGGGAUUAUCCUAAUUCCAGGGGAUAAGCUUACACCAAAAACUGACGAUGGACUUUUACUUUGUCUUGUUUGCUGUUAAAAUAGGGGUUAGCUGCAAAGACAAGACAAGUUUGUGCCGAUACUGGAAGUUAUUUUGCCGCAUUAGCAGUUACGUGAAAGCAAAAUGCAAAAAGACCUGCAAACAAUGCUAAGCACACAAAAAAGGUGGCAAGUUAGUAUUCAUUUUAGACUACUUUAAUUAAAAUGCUUAUCUGCAAUUUCUCUGACUACAGUUUUUCCAAUUAGUGAUCAAUCAGUGAAUCCAAUUAGUGGCCUUAAAAAGAGGAUUGAGCAUAGAAUACGACUUUUUAAAUUUGCUUCUGGGUAGCCUGAGAAAACAGCCGACUUUUGGUGACGCCAGCUCUGUUUUUCCCACCUAAUGAAGUCUGAGAAAAGAGCGCAGAAAUUCCAUACUGAUGACGCGUCACUACCCAGAUCUGGCGUCAUCAGUAUUUAUUCCAGGGGAUAAGUUUACACCAAAACUGGCAAUGGACUUUUACUUUCUCUUGUUUGCUAUUAAAAUAGGAGUUAGCUGCAAAGACAAGACAAUGUUUACGUAUUGCAGUUAAGCAACAAAAGAUAAAUUAGGCGCUUUUCUUUCACGGAAAUCUCUUUGACUUGGUAUAGUUCAAUAAAUGUGCGUAUUUGAUUUCUUGCAGAUCAUUUGCCUCUGGAAACAAAACUGAGUGACUUUUAAAAAGAAGUUUUAUUUAUCUGGGAAUGAAUAAAUAAAAGAGCUUUUAAAAUUUUUGAGGAGAUUUUCUUUGCAUUUUUGUCCCCAAUUCGACACUUUAGAAACGAGAUGGAGACUGGUGCCGAAAUGUGUCCCAAAUAGGCUAUUUCCGAUUUGCCUCAAGCCACUAUUUCAAAGCGAGGUUAAGUGUGAAGCCAUUGAUAUGAAAAUGAUUUUUAAUUACGAUGCAACUAAAACUCAUUUACACAACAAAGGUUUCGCACUUAACCUCGUUUUGAAAGUGAGAUUUUUUGGAACUCGGAAAUGGUUUCUGGGAUCGUUACUGAGCAUGCGUCGGUCAGCUAUUGGCCUAAUCUAGUACCCAGAUCUCCCACGUGUAAACAGAGUGAGAUCUGGGUACGAGAUUACUAUUGGCCAAGUUUUUCCCUGUCCCUAGUAACAGUCCCAGAUGUUAUUGCCACAAAAAAAAGACUCGUCCCACUUAAGUGAAUGAAGGCAUGUGUCAACAGCUAUUUUCCCAUAAAAAUGAUGGUGGUGGUCGAUAAUGGUAACUUUUUAUCAUGAAGCACAACAUACCAAAAUGAAUAUUAUAAACUACAAAAAAUUACACUUCAGAAAACGCAAAUAUUAUGCAAAUUAGGUCCGUGACCUAACAGCUCCACAAAGUUUCUUUAAGAAGAAAUGGGCACACUCUUUAGCAAGAUUUAUUUUACUUAAUAACUGGUAGAAGAAAGCCGCUACAAAACUGUGCUUAACAACUUUGAAAUAUCUGGUUUAUUUUGAAAAUAAACGGGUUUUCCGACUAGUACCUAGUCUCCGAACACAAGUGUAUCAUUUUAACAUGCUUUUCCUUUGAAAAAUCUUGACAUUGCCAAGCGCAGAAAUGAGAUACCUAACGGCCUUAAAAUUAUGAAACUAGUAGAAAAAUUUAGGAAGCAAGAAAAAGUGUGCCCAGUUUAGUUCAAAGCUUUUCUGGGCGUGGCGAGUCAUGUUGCCUCAUUUGCAGGUUUGGUGUAGGCCAAAUAGACAAAAACUAGCAUUGUAUGUGUCUGACAAGUUUUCAACCUGCUGCUGCUAAUGCAAUUCGAAAGAUAGACCACACUCUCACUUUUCGACUUGACAACUGGGGACCCAUGCCUUAAUAGGACAAUUGCAUGAUGACGAUAUUUGACUACAACUACCUACCAGAAUUCAUUUCGGUUUUGCUUUGUCAUUUAAAUUUAUCAAUCCCGCUGAGGAUUAAAGAACAAUAGCCUUAAUUUGCACAAGAAAACAACAAACUCAAGGAUUCUGGUAGUUGUAGUAAAAUGACGUCGUCGUGCAAUUGUCCUAUUAACUUCAGCAGUUUCUUUCUGGUUUCUAAAGUAGCAAAUUAGUACUUUUGCGCUUGGAAAUACAUCGACACUCAAAUAAAGUGCAUUUAUUUUUACAUCUUCCUUUGUAACCAAAAUGUCAGUAUAUUCGUCAUGAUUAAAAUCUGAAUCGUUGGAUAAUGCAAUUGUAGAGCUCUGAUUGGCUUAGCCAUCAUGGUAUAUGGGCCAUUAUACCAUGUUCUCCAAAUAUGGUAACUGUACGCGUCUGCUCAAAAUUAAAAACAAGCUGAAAAACUGGUUGUUCUCACAAAUAAAGUCGGGAAGAAUUCUCGAUAUUUUGUGGGUGUUUUUAAUGAAACAAUUAUUCUACUCGCGCUUGUUGGAAAUGAAAUCAAUUAUAGCCAACUCAUAUCCAACGCACACUCGUGGAAUAAUUGUUAAUUAACAUGUCACUAUACUAAAUCAUGGGUUAACCCCUUUGAAAAAAUCCAAUUUUCUCGACUAUCUGAAAUCGAAUAUUUUUCUACAGUAGGUUUUUAUCUACGCAGAACAUUAUUUCUAUGUCAGCAAUCAGUAAAAUAAACAAUCGAGAAAUUUCAAAUUUUUGACCUUAAUCAAAUGAUUUUUGUCCAAAGAAAACGUAGCAAGAAGAUAUUGCUAUGGCUAUUUUGCCAUUAAACAAAAAAUUAAGAAAUUUCAAAUUUUUGACCUAAAUGAUGGGUUGCCCCCUUUCAAAAGAUCCAAUACUGCCGAUACCUAAUAAAAUCAAUUUUUUAUAGUCUCGAAAGGCUUUUAUCUAUGAAGGAAAUUAUUUCUAUUGCUAUUUAGGAAUCAGUAAAAUAAAUGAUCGAGAAAUUUCAAAUUUUUGACCUAAAUCAUGGGUUAACCCCCUUGAAAAAAUUCAAUAUCGUCGACUAUCUAAAACCCAGUGAAAAUCGAUGUUUAUAUAAUUUAUAGUCUCGGAAGGGAUUGUAUCUAUACAGAACAUAAAAAAACGUCAUUUCUAUGCCUGUUUAGCAAUAGAGUAAACAAUCGAGAAAUUUUUAUAUAGCCUGCCUAGAAAAGCUUUUUGUCUAAACAAAACAUAAAAAGUUUUAUCUAUUACGAUUUUGCCAUAAUACAAACAAUGACGAAAUUUCGAAUAAAUCAGGGGUUGACUCCUUUAAAUAAAUCCGUCAUACAGCCAAAAUACCAAUUAGCUCAUCAGUACCUCUGCAGUUGUCAACGGAACCGACACAAUUAAAUGAAAACUUUUUCAUAAGGAUUUAUCUUGAUAACAAAUAACUAGGACCUCCAAGAGACUUUCAAGGGUGGCAAAGCUUUAAACUCGUUCACGUGUGUUGCCUGUUUCUCGCAUUUCGUGCGCGACUUUCCUUAGAUACACAGAAAGUAUCCAUGCCCCAUGAACGAGGUCACCUUCAACAGCAAAACGCAAACUGAGUCCUUGCUUUUGCAUUCAUUUUAUUUUACUGCGUUUUUCCUGAUGUUAGCGUAUCUUUGAUGAACUUUUCCAAAAAUUUACUGGUGGGAAAGGGAGAGAGCGAGGGAGAACAUGAUCUUAUAGAGUCACUCCCUGUAAACUACUGUUAAUCUUCGCUUCUGUAAAUAAUUGUUCACUGUGUUCUAAAGAUUUAUUCGUUGUCAAUGGACGUUAAUGCGGAAAGUUUAAGCUGGUCAAAUUUUAACAAGGCUCGAUUUUAUUUGGCACAAUUUCUAUUGUUUCUUUAUAAGGAAACCACCGCAGUACCUACAAAAAUAUUCAGCAUGAAUCUGAAUUUGAUACAGUGACAUUUUAAAAUGGUUUUGUAUUUAUCGAAAGCUGCUAAUGUGUUCAUUUACUUUUUUAAGUUGAGUUUUGGCAAAAUGUAUCAAUGUCGUUUAUUGGAUGUUAACUAAACUUUAAAUCAGGCAAUAUUUUUAGUUCAACUGUUUAGUUAUCUCACGAUUGCAAAUGGUGUGAUCUUUCACACAAAGGACGAUAAUCGUGUGAAUUUAUGUUGAAUAAGGAAAAAUACCUUAAAAUCAGGCUAAAUCUUAGUGUCAGUAGAUUGUAUGUUAUAAAACAUAUUAAAUGUUUGAAAUCUUGUUCAAACGAUUCGUGACACAAAUAACCACCAUGAGGUUCUCGGUUGGAAAGCUGAGUAAACUUUCGUGCACUAUUCACUUAAAGUGUUACGCAAAAAUUAUCAUCUUCUGUAAGACUAGUGCUUUUUCGAAACGGGAGCACUUGUCAACUGGUAAGAAUAGAACUUUUAUUGUUCAAAAAUGCUAAUAAAUCGGCGUUUAACCGUGAUCAAACGAUUUUAAGUUUAUUGUUUCGUUCUUCGAGGAUAGUUCAAUUUCAGAGUUUAUUUGUGUCAAUAACAUCUAAACAAACUAAAGCGAUUUUACUCGCGAACAGAAGAAAAAAUCUAUAUACGUACGCAGGCUGGUUAAAAAAGUGAAAUGAUAAAUGAGAUAUGACCUGGGGACUCCAGCAGCUUGUUCAGGUCCUUUUACUGGAAACAAAUUAUGAACUGUUCUUAUUGGGAGAAGGGUUAAUUUAAAUACUUUUAGAUCAAAGAAAUUUCUCCGUUUUACCUUUUGGGACCGUCCUGGUCACUGUCAAGCACAGUUGAUGACUUAAUUUUAAGUAAUCUAUCUUUCUGGAAGUCAAGUAGUAUUCUGAAAUUAAGGUCAAAGUAGUUGGGGGAAAGUGAAAUCAGACUCAAAAUUCAACAAGUUUUAUCUGGAUGGAGCAUAUGUUCAAAAAUACACAUAAUUUGUUGUCUUAUGCCAAUGUAAUAUGCCUCACUUUUAAACAAUAAUCGCAAACAUCAAAUAGACAACUCAAACAUUUGCACACGUAAGGCGUCAUUGCCUUUCCAAUAAAUGCUCUAGUCCUUCAGCGAAUAAAUCACAUAUUACUUCGAACACCAUGAAGUGGCUGUACGUUUUUGCAUUGUACGUAGCCUUUGCUGCCGCAUCCGAAACACCUGACGGUAACUAUAACUAUAAUUUCUCUUAUUGUUAGUUUAAGGCUUUAGAUUGCGUAAUUGGCACCCAGAAAGAACAUAGAGCGUUUAUAAAUGAGAGUAUUCUACUAACCUGAUUAUCUCAUUAUAUCGUGUGCACCUAUCAGCGUUUUAGGCAGGAUUUCAUGCUCCGUCUUCAUGCUUCACGCUUUUGUUUUUUGUUUUGCGUUGUAGAGAAUGAGGGUGUGUAUAAUCCAGACCUGUAUGAAGGUGACAUGAUUCUGACGCCUGAUCAACGCAUGGCGGCAGAAAUGGGACUGGAUGUAGACAAUCCCUUGGGAAGAGGCUUGAGCGAAAACAGAAAGUGGCCUGACGGCAAGUUGGUUUAUGCCAUCGACCCAAGUCUAGGUACGUCUGAAUUCUUGUUUCUUUACAGAAAAAUAUUUCUAUUAAUAUUAAAGUUGAUAUAGCACGUUUUUUUGAAACAGAAGUGCUGGGUCAUUAGUUUUUCCAUUAUAUAAAAUUGAUCUGGGACAAAAAAAUUUCCAUUAAAGUGUGGUGGAUCGAACAAUGAAGCGACGAACAACUGCAGUUUAAUCUUAAAUUAUUGAUUUGUAAAAAAUAGAGGGUAAUUGAUUAUUCAGAACAGUGCAGUCCUAUAGAUAGCCCCUACAAUUAAAAAAUUUGAAAAAAAAAGACUUCAUGAAUAAAAAAGUAAUAUCAUCAUUAUCAUCAAUCUGUAGUUGGUCAUUUUCUGAAGAAGUGAGGCACCUUGCGUGAGGAUGUAUUGGAAUGGAAAGCCAUAUUUAUUUUUAUAUAGCUAUACAGUCAGACUUUCUUAAAUAAAACUCUAUAUGUCUACAAAAAAUAUUUCAUGCAGUCGAUCACCAUCUUUAAUUUUAAGUAAAGGCAAAGCCGGAGGGACUGGGGAAAGUAGAAAGCUCCAUCAGAAGAGUGAGUAUCACGCGUCUACCACCAUAAGCGAGUUCCAGUGCUCCCCUCCACUCCCUCCACCCGCCUUCCCCCCUUCCAAAAAGAAGAAAUAAAUAAGAAAAGAAAACUACCAAACUCAGGCUAAACGACUAUAAAAGAUACAAAAUUUGUUGAUAAUAUAUACUGCUUGGAUUUUAGAUGGCACGCUGUGAAUUCCUUGUCAGUAAAACUUGGAUUCCUGAUUCUAAUCAUAGGCAGGAUUCCGGAUUCCUUUCGCUGAAUUCCGGAAUCUGAAAAUUUCCCGGAAUCCAGAUACCACCAGCAAAAAUUUCCAGGAUUUUGGAAUCCUGAUUACCUUACACGGGGCAAUACUGCAGUUAUAUUAAUCACGUUUUUUCUUUGUCUAUACUCUAUUCAGCUCAAGAUUCCAGAGCCAUGGACGCCAUUAGAGCAGGAAUGGAGGAAUGGACGACAUUGACUUGCAUUCGCUUCAAGAGGAGAACAGAUGAGAAGAAUUAUGUUUAUUUUAAACCUGGCUCAGGGUAAUUACGUGGUAUCGCACUAGUGAAACCGACCUGGGGGAGCAGGGGGAGGAUGAUCUCGUAGAUAAGCCGCUAUACCGACAUUUAAUCCCCAAUUCGUCUGUAAUUGUGUGAAGAUUACAAUCGCUUGCGUCUCAACUACAGUAAAGUUUUAUGUCCAGUUUAAUUUUAAAAGACAUGAGUUCAAAUAUCGACUCGAAUUUCCUCUGCGUAUACUUCGCUUUUGACACAAGGAAGGUCAGCCUCGUCCCCAUUGGUUUUCCUGCCGCCCAGCGUAAAAAACUACCAUCAAAAUUUUUUCCACCAACACAUUUAAUUACUUUAUGUUAAUCUUUUUAGUUGUUUUUGUCAAAAGAGAGUAACAUUAUUAUUUUGGGGUUGUAAUGGGUGAGUCAUACACUUUGUACGUGAAACCUGGUAUUUGCUUCAUCUUCCUUCCAGUUGUUCAUCUUAUGUUGGAAAAACUGGUUACCGUCAGGAUAUAAACCUCGCCCGUGGGUGCUGGUACCGGGGAGUUGUUGCUCAUGAAAUCGGUAAGUGUAGAAAAUAACUAAAUAAAUGAGUAAUUAAUGAAACAAAGUCGACAACUUCACAGACUAAAUCAAACUACUGUGAGGACAAAGCUUUUAUAGCUUCGAAUAAUUCUGUGAUUUUCUCAAUUCUCGGUGUAGGUGUGCUUUCCCACGUUUAAAAUACCUCGCACAGCCGAGUGUUAAUUUAAACUGAAUUUUAAGAAGACUAGAGCUGCGAGGAGUUAUAGAUCUGCUUUGAAAACAGUUAUAAAAAAUGUGUUCAUUCUUGCUACAAUCUUUUUGGGGCAAAAAAUUGGAGGUAAAUUUCUCGCAUUUCUGUAUUGGAAGUUUAAACAUAUUAGUAAUAAGCCGUUUCCGAGUUGUCCAAAACCUCUGUUUCAAAGCGAGGCUAAGUGCGAAACCAUUGAUAUGAAAAUGUUUUCUUUAUUCUUAUGCAAACAAAACACCUUUUCACAACAAAGGUUUUGCUCGUAGCCGUGUUUUGAACGGGGGAGUUUUUGAAACUCGGAAUUGGUUUAUUCAGUCUGUGUAUUGGACAUGAAUUAUUCAUGCGUUUUUAGCUGCCUAUGAAAUGGGCCAUUUCCGAUUUGUCUCAAGCCUCUGUUUCAAAGCGAGGCUAAGUGCAAAGCCAUUGAUAUGAAAAUGAUUUUUUACUCUCUUUAAAACUCAUUUUCACAUGAGAAAGGUUUUAGUACUUAGCCUCGUUUCGAAGCGAGAGUUUUUGAAACUCGGGAUUGGCCUGUUCCGAUUGUUUCCAUUUCAUCGUUUUUUUUUAAUUUCCUCAGGGCACGCAUUGGGAUUCUAUCACGAACAGUCACGUCCUGACAGGGAUAAUUACGUCACUAUUAUGUGGGACAACAUCAUUGAAGGUCAAUUGUGCAUGUGAAAAAGCUGAAAUGGCUUAGCCUUUUCCCCAUUCCUCAUUUUGGUCUGUUCAGUAGAGAGCUUGUGAAUUCGUGGGCGGGGGGGCUUUCGUGGCCUAUACGGGGGGUACCUGUUUUAGACCUCAGGUUCACGAAAGGGUAGGGAUUUCUCUAGUUGAAGGACAUGAAAGGAUAGGGAAAUCCGUCAUUUCGGUCUGCAAAAGGGGAAGACAUAUAUUUCAAGGGGUUGCAAAGUUCUAAGCUAGGUCUGAGAAAGGUGUACCAUUUGUCAAUAGAAUGCAUAUCAAAAGGGUCGCCUCUUCUGGCAAAAACUUUAUAUAAAAGGGUAAGGGGUUAGAUCUUGGGGUGAAGCCUCCCAGUCAAAAAAAGCCUUGUUGAGCACCUCCGGAGUGUGUGAAUUGAUUUUACUUCAGUUUUAUGAAGGAACUAAAAAUAUUUAACUGUCUCAUCAAAGUGUUUAAAAACCUUUAGGAUACAAGUUUAAUUUCCAUACGUACCACCGAGGAACAACUGACUCGCUGGGAACCAGGUAUGAUUACGGAAGCGUAAUGCAUUAUGGGAGCAGAGCUUUUAGCAAAAAUGGAAAACCUACGAUCGUCGCCAAGAAAUCUGGGGUAGGUUGUAAUUCCUUUACACCUGUAAAUAGCCAUGAUCACUAGAGCAAUUAGCAGGUCAGUAUGAGUCAUUAAAAACAUUAUUUCAAUUCACUAAGCAGACUCUCGGUGCCAUGUUAAAUGGUUUGGGUUGAUACACUUAUUUUAAUGACAUGCUUGAUAUCAAUAUUUUACCCUGUUAUUCAACUUUGCGUCUUGUAGUUUAUCGCUGUCCUGCUGACCUCUUGUAAGAUGUCUUCCGCUUAGCAGUCAUGUUGAAUUGUGAGGGCGUUUCCCUCUCUGUUCCAUUAACUAUCUUGAUAUACCCAAAUACAGACUGGACAAAGAUACUUCGGUAACUUUGAUGCACCAUGACUCAACCAUAAUUCUGAUCAUCCUAAAGAAAUCCACCUGAAAUUAAUCUUGUGAUCAUAACCUGGUCUGAUUAGAAUCAGGAUUCACAUGGAACCCAUUUAAAAACGUCAUUAUGAGGGAAAUUAAAAGUAAGUGAUUUUUCUUAGUUGAAACGUUAGACUCUGUUACAAAUAGUUAUAUGAAGAGACAACCUCAUACAUGUAAAUAUCAAAGAAAAGAAGCAAACAUUAGUAUUCAUCGUCCCAAUGUUUUCCCUUUCUUUUUGUUGUUAGGUUAAAAUCGGUCAGCGGGACGGUAUUAGUGCAGUAGACGCAGAACAAAUGAAUCGCCUUUACAAGUGUGGUGGAGCUUAUACCGGAGUCGUUGGUAGGUAGCAUCAAGCUUGCAGCAUUUUAGUUGAAGAUGGACAUGAAGGACGAAGGGUGCUGCGGCGGGGGGGUGGGAGUUGGCAGGGCGGAGGGUGGGUGAGCACCUCCCUAUUGGAAAUUACUAAGGUGCGUUGCGUGAUACUGCCUGAGAAGGUAAAAGUUGACUUUGGGUAGAUAAAUCUGUUAAAUAUCACCGCCUUUGGUGGCUACUUUGGUUGCUCUAGCUCCUUGCACAUAACAAGCCCAAAAAUGACAGGAAUCAAUGAGAAAAACACAAUCAUGAGGCCAUGUUUAAUAGGGUCAAUUGACUAAAGCCUGCUCCGCAGAGGAAACUAAACUCUGGCCAAGUCCAUCUGCGAAACAGCGCAGAAAUCCUUGUUCUGGGCCCCACCUGUGUACCAGGAUUUGAAGACGCGCCAUAUUGUCCUGUUUAAAAUGUCAUUGUCGAUUUGCCAAUCAGGAUGAAAGGAAAUUAGAAACCCACUUCCGGUAAUUUGCCGAGUCCGUUGGGUGCCCGGAACAAGGAUCCCGGCACUGCUUAACCGACGUUACUCACCGAGGUUGAAUUACGUCUGCGACACAGGCUAACUAACCAUUAACUUCAAGAUAAUCGUACUUUCCUCCUUUAAUAGGAAGUACCUGCGUGGACAAGAGCCGAUGGUGCAAAUAUUGGACAAGACAUUGCAAAAACCAACAAUACGUAAUCGAUAACUGCAAGAGGACCUGCAACCGAUGCUGA